CAAUGUUGCAAAAUUGUUGCGACGGUUUUUCGAAUUGCUACGACGUUGUUCCAACAUUGCAACGCUGUAUUGCGCCGGGUAAAAAUCGUCGUCGCGAAUCGUCUCGUGUAACAUCAACUUUAAACGAAAAGGAAAUUAGCUUUUUAAAUGAUGUAAUCGCGUUUUGUUUCUGAGGUACUUAAUUUGUCCACAUCCCCAUGCUAUUUAGCCGCAAAGGAUGCAUUGCCAAUCAAAGGUGAAAUUUCUGACAGGAAAAACAAGGAAUAAAAAAAAAUCACCACAAAAUGGGUGAAAACGGAGAGGGGAAAAUUAACUUCAACAACACUAAAAACAUAGGAAUAUGGUUCAAUUCGAAACACCUGUAAAAUGGAUAGAUGGAUGAAAAGACUAAAGGAGGAACGAGACUAUUUAUCUUUGUUUUUGUUUUUUAGGUGUAGAAAGAAUCAAAGAUGAUGUAGUGGUUAACGACGAGUUAAAAUUGUUGUCAUUCAAAAUUGAAGACUGGAGAGCCCUAGCUCGACGACUUAAUAUUGUGGAAGCAAAGAUACAGGCACUCGAUUACGAGAAGGAAAAUGUUAAUGAAAAGGUUUACUCGAUGUUGAUGGAAUGGAAACACAUAGAAGGCCGCCGUGCAACCUACAGGGUUUUGUAUCAUGCCUUAUGUCAUCCAUUCGUAAAUCGCCGUGAUUUAGCAUAUAAGUUCUGCAUUGCUGCGAGCUCUUCUUUGGUGAGUACUUUAAGUAGCCGUGUUGUCACUCAAUUUAGCCCAAUUCUUUAGCCAUUGGUUAUAUAAGUCCUGUUCGCCAAUGAAUAACCGCAUAAAAGGGAAGGAACAUUUCAACAACACUUAUCAUUCAGAAACUCUAGACAGGCUCUUUGAUGGGAACAUUUUUCUACUUACCCCAGGCUCCCGCGAACCUCCAGUUUACAGGGGUAAAUCCAGGAAUUUUCGUUAAGGGGGAUCCAAAGUGAACACGCCGUCAAGGCAGUCAAUCUCAAUAACCAUGAAAAUAUGGAUUAUUGUGGGCACUGUAAUUGAUGAAAAUCUAACUUGAAAGCCUCGUUUCAGCUCACUAAAAAGUAAAUUUUUAAAACAAAAAAAUUGGAAUCAUGUUUAUAGUAAGGCCCUGAUUUUUAACUAAAUGAGUGACCAAAACAUUAUAUUAUUGUGCUUGUUUACCCAUACAUCCAUUACUGUUAGUUAAAGAUUAUCGGUCAAAAAUUAUCCUUCAAGGCUAUCUAGAAUUUUAUUACUAGAAAAGAGGGCAGUAGAGGGCUUUGUUCACACUAUACCGGAACCUAACCGGAUAGAUUUUGCGCCGUAGGAGCGAAACUAAUCUACAGUUUCCGAUGAGGAACAGGCCUCAAAGGUAUGUAAGGAAAUUGUAAAAAAAAUCUUAGUUAAUAUUUUUGAGUUCUUGAAGUUAUGUUCUCUUGCAGCUGCAGAUCGGCCCUUCCUCAUCGCGUGGAAGCUUUUCUCAAACUGAGGAUAGAGGUAAUUGACCAAACGCCUGCCUGUUCCAGGCUCUUUAGGUGAAUUUCCACUGUCGCGUAAUUUUUACGUGCGUACGCGCGUUUAUAAAAUAGAGACAAUUUAUGGAAGGUCACGCGUAGACGUGAAAGUUGAACCUCGCUCAGUGGAGGGGAACCAUGUAUUUGGUGAUCCCUUUCCUAACACCAGGCAAGCCACAAAGGUUGCUAGAGGAACUACUGAUAUAUUAUUUUUAACGUUACGAAGGUAAGGGACGUCGGGAAAACUAAUCUCACCCCCAGACCCCUCUACCUGUUUCCUAGAAAAACGCCCUGGGGAAGAGGUUGCGCGAGAAUCGAAGCACGUCAGAAAAUAACACGUGCCUGAUCCUGGAAAAUUAAAGGGCGCGACGACCGGUUCCCUCCCGUGCUAGCUUUCUCGAUCCGCUACUGGAACAUGCUAGCAAAAGGCUUAGGCCAAGGCCAAACGUCGAACUUUUCAUGAGACGAACCAAACUCUUAUUUGGAUCGACCUAAAUAAGUGUAGAUCGUCUGUUGGUUAGGACGCGUCGAAAUAAAUUGAAUUAGACUGAAAAGCAAUAUCAGCUGGCCAGCGGGUGUUCAGUAAUAAAUUUUCUCCCGAACGAGGCUAAAUAUACAUUACCAUACAAAAUUAUCCAUUUGCACGAUUGCGUCAUUUUAUUACUAGGACCAGAAUCCUUUUCGUUUUUCCUUUCAUAUUUAAAUUUGGUCAUCCCAGCGAGGUUUAAAGAACAAAAGCCUUAAUUUUCAGAAGGAAACAAAGCCCUGAAGGAGUCUGGUCUUAGUGGUAAAAUGACGUCAUCGUGCAAAUGGCCUAUUUUUGAUAUAUUUAUAGUUUAGUUCGUCGCAUGUGAAGAUCGACAUUUGUCUCGGAGACAAUCUUCAGAUGUCUGAAGCAGGACGAACUUAACUGAGCCAGAGGUCGAAAUUUUCAUAAACUUAAGUCACCAAGUUUGGUUUGUCUCAUGAAAAAAUCGACGUUUGGUCUAUGCCCUAGUUUUUUUUAUCCCUGUUACAUAAUAACAAACUUAUUGUUCAUUCAAAAUACAAUUCGUACUUUAGAAACGUGCUUACCACGAUUGCUGUAAAGUUGCUGUCUUCAUUUGCUUUUUUCUCAGCAAAUUAAGAUUAUAAAAGAAUGUUGUGCGUCUAGCAGAUAUUCUUCAUGUCAUCUUCAUGUUAUUUUUGCUGUUCUUGCUAUGUUUAUUGACAGUAGUGCGUCUAUUUCUUUGAAAAACGUGUAAAAUUUUCUAAAUUCUCUGCUAUUUUCUCUAGUUCUCCAAAACGGCUAAGCUAAACUUGUCUCCAGUAGCGUCCAACGAGGAUUCAUGGUUGCAGGACACUACAGAUAGUUAACAUUAUUAAACAAAUCUAAAUUUUGUUUCAAGUAGAUUAUGACUUGGCUAUAUCUAUGUAUGUUUCACAAUAAUAAGUUAGUUUUGAAAUUGCCUAAUAAUGCAUGACUUAGCAUUGGAGAAACUAGUCUCCUACACAGCCGUUUUUAGGGUCGUCACGCAACGCUCCUCCCCACAAACGCGACCGAGAAGGGAAAGACGACUGUUCAAAAUUUCUCAGAUAGGAGAGGAUAUAAAUGAGUAAGAAAGUGUUAAAGCUUAUCUCGAUCGAACGGGUUUUUUUUCGGACCGACCGGUUAGAGUGAUGGGAAUAAGAAGGUUAAUGAUAAUCAUUGUAAACUUUCCAUUGUCUUCCAGCAAUUGCGUAUUCGCAGCAAUUGUUGAUUGAGAAGUUAAUGGACAUUUUGAAUUUAACUCUGUUGUGCUUGAUGGAAGUUCCAGCUGAGAAUCAGGCUGAGAAUUAUGUUGUUAAAUUAACAUGACAAAAGAUUGCAUAUUUUCAGACGAAGAAUUUUUUAACUUGCGUUUUGAAGAACACGUAAAUAAACUGAUAAAAUAAAAAAAAAUGUCAGGAAAUUUUUCUUGCAUUAAGAAUAACCUCUUUUUAUUUAUUUUUACGCGCUUUUUCUUUUUUCUCUUUUUAAUUUGUACCAUGCGAUUUCUUUCAAAAGAUCUGAAUGUUAACCGGAUAACUUCAGAUGAAAAAUUUUAUUAAAAUGUUGAUUUUUGGCUCGUUAUAGUAAUGGUUUUAGUGUGACCUUUACACAUGUAAAAGUGGAAAAUAGUAAGUAUUGGCGGAGAAAUCACGGUUUUUCGUUUGUAGCGGAAGUAAAAGUUAUUCAUUUGAUUGGUAGCCCUAUAGUGUUUUUCGCGGGAAUUUCCAUGGCUGGCGAAUGAAUAAUCGGGAUUGUUUUUAGUUAGCGACUCGAUGCAGCGUUCUUUUCUUGUUGUUUUGAUUUUUGUCCAUGGCCAAGUUCAAAACAGCGGAGAAAGUGAAGGGUGAAAAGGAAUCUCAACGAACAACGACACAACAUAAGAAUAUUUAGGAAGCAGCGGAAAGAAAUGUCUUUUUAAAAAGACAUUUUCGAUAGGUAUUUGACAAUAACAACAAAUGAAAAAGAACGUUUCCACCAUUCAUUUUAGCUAAGUGGAGCGCUUCAUGUUUUCUCACAGUAGUAGAGUCAGCCUACAUAAGAUUAAAAUCAUAAAUUAUUUGCCGAUGUUGCAUCGUGGUUAAAAUUAUAUCCUCUCUCUAUGUUAAUUGUUGGCUCAGUAGAAGCCCUUUGCCGCCGAAGUGUCUUUCUUCUUUUCCUUCUACCGGCCGGUUUGGUUUUCGACUGAGCGGUGACUGCAUUUGUUGUCUUCCAUUUCCACAGUCGUGAAAAGAAAAGUUGAUCUCACUAUUGAUCCCAUUGCAAACGUGGCUCGAAAGUCGAAACGCGAAGCUGUUUUAAAAUGAAAAGUGCGCGGAAAUUAAAGGAUGUUAGUAGGAUAUACAGGCGGUAGCCAAAUUUUCUGUGCAAAUGAGAAUCGUUUCUUAUGCAGAUUAGGGUCGUUCGUUCGAGGGCAGUUGAACCUGAGUGAGUGAGCCCGUGGCACGUGGGAUCGCGCGUGGAGGGGUGUCACGUGAUCAGAUGGCGUGGAAAUCGUGCGUGGUUGCGUGUCAAGGUCGGAAUGUCUUCGAGAAAGGCAGUAACUCUUCCGGGUAGUGUAGGAGCAGCUCGGAAGGUCUCUCCUAAUUGGUCACAGAAAACAAUGUUGUUUUUCUACAAAGUCGCUAGCGUGUGGGGUUAAGCAUGUAUUGUGAACCUUUGCCUGCAUUCAAGGGAUAAGUAAUUGUCACAUCAACCCAGAGUCUACACAAGCCACCCACACUUGACUAUCCACAACAUUAACUCCGCACUCAACUGAAUACAAUUGACUGGUCAUGAGCUUUUCACAGAGCUCAAAAGUACUCACUGUUUACUCAUUGUUGCUCUGAGCUGCUCUUUGAUAACUCAGAGUUGCUCUGAGUUAGCUUCAAAGGAGCUGGCGACUAACGUUCUAUUUUUUUCAACAGUAACAAACGGCUAAGACGAAGUUUGUACAAAAUAAGUGAGCAGCUACUAAAGAAAAUUGAUGCCAGCUAAAAAACUAUAUAUAGAUAUAAAAGCUAUUAAAGUUUUACGAAAAAAGAGGGUAAACCCUCUUCUUGUGUGGAUGCAUUACCUCCCCCUCCCAGCCCUCCUUGUACAUGUACGUCCGAGGGUACCAGAACGCCUUGCUGGAGUGCAAACAGUGCAGUGGGAUCUUAAGUGAUGUUACACGAGACGAUUUGAAGCCAGGAUUUUUAGUGCAACACAAUGUUGCAAAAUUGUUGCGACGGUUUUUCGAAUUGCUUCGACAUUGUUCCAACAUUGCAACGCUGUAUUGCGCCGGGCAAAAAUCGUCGUCGCGAAUCGUCUCGUGUAACAUCAACUUUAAACGAAAAGGAAAUUAGCUUUUUAAAUGAUGUAAUCGCGUUUUGUUUCUGAGGUACUUAAUUUGUCCACAUCCCCAUGCUAUUUAGCCGCAAAGGAUGCAUUGCCAAUCAAAGGUGAAAUUUCUGACAGGAAAAACAAGGCAUAAAAAAAAAUCACCACAAAAUGGGUGAAAACGGAGAGGGGAAAAUUAACUUCAACAACACUAAAAACAUAGGAAUAUGGUUCAAUUCGAAACACCUGUAAAAUGGAUAGAUGGAUGAAAAGACUAAAGGAGGAACGAGACUAUUUAUCUUUGUUUUUGUUUUUUAGGUGUACAAAGAAUCAAACAUGGUGUAGUGGUUAACGACGAGUUAAAAUUGUUGUCAUUCAAAAUUGAAAACUGGAGAUCCCUAGCUCGACGACUUCAUUUUAUGGAAGCAGAAAUAGAGGCAUUCGAUAAAGAGAAGGAAAAUGUUAAUGAAAAGGUUUACUUGAUGUUGAUCGAAUGGAAAUCAAGAAAAGGCUCCGGUGCAACCUACCAGGUCUUGCAUGAUGCCUUAUGCCAGCCACGUGUAAAUCACCGGGAUUUAGCAGAUAAGUUCUGCAUUGAUGCAAGGCCUUCUUUGGUGAGUACUGUAAAAAGUAGGCGUGUUGUCACUCAAUUUAGCCAGAUUCUUUAGCCAUUAUAUAAAGUCCUGUUCCCCAAUGAAUAACCGCAUAAAAGGGAAGGAACAUUUCAACAACACUCAUCAUUCAAAAACUCUAGACAGGGUCUUUGAUGAGAACGUAUUUCUCCUUUCCCCAGGCUCCCGCGAGCCUCCAGUCUACAGGGGUAACUCCAGGAAUCUUCGUUAAGAGAGGUCCAAGGUGACUGGACACUGUCUCGAUAACCAUAAAAAACAUGGAUUAAAAAUAAUUAUAAGAGUCAUUAAAUACAAUAGGCCACUUCCAAGUUCCAAAAACCCUCACUUUCAAAAUGAGGCUGGUUGCAUAACCUGUCUUGUGAAAAUGAGGUUUAUUUACAUGAGAAUGAAAAAUGACUUCCAUAUCAAAGGCUGAGCGCCCUCCCUCGUUUUGAAACAGAGACCCGGGGGAACUCGGAAAUGGCUUAUUAUUAUUCAUUCAAAAUAUUUCCCCAAUUCUGAUUGGCUAAAAGCACACGCAUAAUUCACCACAACCAGGUACUGAUGACCAAAUUUGGAAGAAUUUUGCGUUUAACGAACCGAUAACGUCAAAAGUGCAGCUUUCUUGCAGGUUAAUGCACCGUUAACCGAGAAGACCUGGGGACGAGGUUGAGUUGUUUUGGUUGUCAAAACAAAAAUGGCGGAGGUUUCACUCAUUUCAAGAGUAAGAACUAGGCGAAAUUAUAGCUAAAAACAUGACAAGAACAGCAAGAAGACAACUCGAAGGGCCACAUUUGCUGUUUUGAGAAUAUUUGCGGAGCUGAACAACCCUAAACGUGCACUAUCGAAAAUGAACUUAACAUCGAUGGAUCGAUGGAGGUAAGCAUGUUUUACCCAUGUUUUUAAACUGGGAAUUAUUUUGAAUGAAUAAUAAAACAAUUAUUGAAUUCGGCUUUCGUAUCAUAUGAAGAAUUAUGGAGAUCGGGAAGGGUGUUAUCCUCGACGGAUAACACCCUGCUCGAUCUCCAUAAUUCUCCAUAAGAUAAUUGGCCUCAUUCAUUACUGCGCUUUUCAUAACCACGCGAAGUCUGAAGUUCAAAAACCAACUGACAUUUGCGUUUUUCCCUGCCGUCAAUCAUCUUAACGGGCCUCUUAGGAGACAGAACUUUGCUUAAACGGGUUCAAAAGGUCAAGGUUUGUGAUCUAUGAUUGGUGGAUUUCGAUCCGUUUUGUGUGUUUCUGUGUUUCAAGGUUCAUUGCUUGUGAUAGUAAUUAUGAUUGACGGCAGCGAAAAACGCAAUAGUGAAGGCGGCUUUUGAAUUUUAGAGUUCGCGUUUUUGUGAAAAGCGCAGUAAUUGUUAAAUUUGUCAAAAAUAUUAUUUACUGGAGUUUGUGACAAUAAUAAAAUGCUGAACGGAGAGCCCGCUUUUAUUUCAAGGGCAGAUCGGGCAUAAAGGGCAGAAAGGGCACCUUUUUAGCCCUGUGUUUUUUCCCCUGGGCGCGCGUGGAGCUCUGGCGUGUAAGCCGUGCGCGUCGAGUCAGGAAACAAGCCACGAUUAAAUUCGACCAAUGAUUUAUUUACAAACUAAUUUCCUAUGUACAAACAUCCGUAACUUCCUAUCCACUUCAUUAUAUAUGGAGGAAGACACUUAAUUAGUAUGCGGGAAAUCCAAAUUAGUAUGCGGGAAGGUAGUGAGCAGGCUUUUAUGCCGUUCAAACAAUAAAAAAUACGGCAACCAACCAGAAUGCUUCGUCAAACGGGACAGCCAAUGAGCGUCUUUCUAAUUCCGGUCAACCUAUCAAAACAACUAUGACAUCAUAGUACCCCGGAAUACAUAUGACAUCAUCUUCCGAAAAUAACUAAAACCUGUCAAACCGGUUAUACCAACCAUGACCGCCACAAGAUAAAUAUAGAACAUGACAUCAUUGAUAAACCCGUCAAACUGGAUAUACUUAAUGAGAUUCCACCGCAAGUUAAUGAGAUACCACAGAAUUUUAUUCAUGAGAUCAAGAAAAUAGCCUAUGACGUCACUAGUUAAUGUAUUCCCCCCCACCUUAAUGAGAUUCCCCCCAAAAAAGAGGUUAAUUCGGUCCCUCCUAUACUACUACCGCCUGUCAUUUAUCCGAGAUGAAGUCAUCUGUUGAACGCUGGUAUAAGCGUUUACAAUACGAAAAAGAAUUUCCUUUUGUUAGAAUAACUGCUAAAUCUUUUACCGCUUCAACAUGUUUUUAUGCCUUUGAACAAAGAGAUGUUCGUUUGACGAUUCCUGCGAAAACCAAAAAACAUUAUGAAGCUUCCCGGAUUGAAAGCAUUUUGAAUCACGGAACAAUAACCGUGUAAUAUCGACAGCCAGCUCUCAUUUCUUUAUCUGCUUUCUAUGUCAUUCUGCUAUGGUCACGGGCUGUUAUUUCUCCUCCGAUCUUAACGUGGUUACCCUGGUAUCUACGUGAGCUUAUCAUGUUUUCAACGGCUUAGUUGGGAAUAGAGGCCCCUCUUCCUUACACAGCACGUUUGGUGUACCGGUGAUGCGUUAAUGACAACCUUUAUCGACUGCUUCCACUUUUACGCUCCGAACGCACAGCUAAACGCAGUCCGUGAAUUGAACAGAGAGUGUUUCUUUAAUUCGAUCUCUCUUUUAAAACGUCAUACACAGUAAUCCAACAACUUUCAGUUACCAUAGGAUCAUGAGAAAAGGAGAUAGUUCUCGCUCCACUAUCAGCCUCUGUUUUAUAGUGCUAACAGUCACUUGCCGUAAAUUUUCACAAGAAAUAGUUAAUCAAUAUACCUGAAACAGACCAGCUACUUGACUUCUGUAGUAAGAGUAGCGGCAAGUCAAAGUUUAGAAUCUUCAUGCACCUUAUAAUCUACCCGAUAGGAAAAAUAAAGAUUUAGGAAAACCUCUGUUCGCUUUCAGCUAGGUAAACUCUAAGGUCACGCUUCACACUAUAACGAGCUUAUGAGUCGUGGUUAGGCCUGUCAGCACUUUAUUUCCUAAAAGAUCAUACAGGUCAUCCUUCGCUCCUGUUCUUAAAAGUUUAGAUGUUGAAAUCAAUCUUACCCGACGUUCCUAGGAGGGCGGACUUGUUUUAAGUCGUUUGGGGUCGUUCUGAGCCCGGGGGGUACUUUAGGACGUGUUCUGGGUGGGGAUGUGCCGCUGGGACCCUGGAACCCUUAACCUAUACCAGAGCUAGUUCAGCUGAAUUUUGCUACCCUAUACUAGAGUAAACUCCCCAAUUCCCCCCAUCCUAGAGUAGCUGUUGACCUAGUCUAGAUAAAAUCUUCAACCAACUGAUCAGUUUCCUGAAAAAUGAUACCCUAUUCUAGACUCAAAUGCUCUGAUUUAUAUACCCUAUCCUAGAGUAAACUGCUUGAAAAUCAUACCCUUCACAGCGGCACAUAGCUAUAUAGCCCAUAUAUGGUAGUACCCUCCCCCUUUAGGAAUUUUUGGUUUGGGAUGUUCAGCUGGGAUCCCGGAACCCUUAGCCUAUACUAGACCUAGUUUGGUUCCUCGGUUUAGUAACUACGGCCUUGGGAACGGCGUUGUCAGAGAUCACAGUUGAAUAAGCAUAAUAAUUCAAACAGCUUAAAAAGCUAAUAUAAUGUGAACUGAAAAUGAUUUUUCUGUUUGAACUUAAUCUAUUCAAGCAAAGUCAAAUUCCAAGUGAGAUUAAAGCACGGCGUUGUCAGAGGUCACAAUUGAAUAAGUAUAAUCAGGAGCCCAUGGGCUCCUGGUAUAAUAUUGAAAACAGCUUAACAAGCUAAAGUAUGAUAUAAACUGAAAAUGAGUUUUCUAUUGAAUCUAUUCACUAGAGUCAAAUUCCAAGUGAGAUUACAGCACAAGGACCCAGGGCCGUUCGUGCAUUCGAGAAUGCUUUGAAAAAUGGUGAAGUAAAGGUGUACCGCGGUCGAAUCAUGUUUGUUGGUCAGGAUCGAGCGGGAAAGACGAGUUUGAAGAAGUCCUUCCAAGGUCUGCCAUUUAGUCCAACUCAGUGUAGUACCGAUGGAAUUGACGUUGACUGUUUGGAAUUUGACUAUGAAGGCGAUCAAGUGAAGAACUGGAGAGUUACUGAUGAAACGUUUGGUUUAUCUCAGCACUUAAACGUUCUCGCAAAAAAAGCGGCUGUACAAUUGAAAAAAGAAGAAGAACAAGAAGAACAAGGAGAAGGAGGAGAAGAAGAAGAAGAAGAAGAAGAAGAAGAAGACACAAAACACCAUCUACGGGAUGUGCCAAAAGAUGAGGUCUGUAGAACGAAAUGUGUGCAUAUCAGUGAGUAUAAAGGGAAAUUCAUCACUCCACGCUAACUCACCCACGAAGAGGGCUUGGGGUUGAUAACCCACCUUUGGAUUUGUGCUACUUUAAAUUUUUCAAUAUGUUAAUGAAAAUUAAAAUAUGAAAAAUUAACGUUUCACAGACAGGACAGCCUGUGAUGACCUCUAGAAGAUGAUGCAAGUUUUAUUAUAUACAUGUUUGGCGCUGCUGGGUACCUAUGACGUCACUAAAAUGUCCGCCAUUUGGGAUUUUAACAUAGGACCACAUAGGGAACCCACGCUCUUAUUAGUAAACUGCAAAUGGAAAUUAAAUAAGAGAUAAAAUCUUACCUGUUUUAUCCUCGAAUCUGCUGUGGUGCGAAGUGAAAUGGAAGUUGUUUUACGAUGCGAAAACGAUGUUAAAUUCGCACGCUUUGACAGUUGUUGAUUUCACAAUGCUCUAUGUGGUUUGGCUCGCAUUUCACUGUUGGUUGCAAGCGCCGGUUGUUAUUAUCGUCUCGCGUUUCUUCGUUGAUUGUUAAUUUAUUAACAGUUUGAAUUAGAGUAAGAGAAAAGAGACAAGGGACGAAACUAAUUUGAUGACCGAUUUAUUUUCAAGCCGUACUCAAGUUUUACGGGCGGUUUUUUUCACGAAAUUCAUUCCAACAACAGUUUAAGGGAUAAAAUGUACGGUGGGCCACUUUUUUCUAUUUAAAAUAAAAAUCUUCGUAUUAAAAAUGGUCAUUUAUGAACGCCUCCACUUGACUGAACCGGAAGUUGACUUUGCGUUUGACGUCUGAAAGUUUCUUGAGCUUUUCUGCUUGGUUCUGAGAUUGUUUCAAGUUAGAUUGCAUAUACAUCCAAAUAAGGGCCACAUAAAGCAUUGUGAAAUCAACCCGAAGCGUCGAACUGAACAUUUUUUUUGCAUCGUAAAACAACUUCCAUUUCACUUGGCACCACAACAGAUUCGAGGAUAAAACAAAACAGUUAAGAUUUUAUCUCUUAUUUAAUUUCCAUUCGCAGCUUACUAAUAAGAGGUUCCCUAUGAUUUUAACGAAAAUUCAGUUUUAUGGGAAAGAGUUUAAGAAACUAAGUAAAGGCCUAUGCGCUCUAGCAGACAAAUUUGGAAUUGUCUUUGACACAUCUAAACCAAAACUUGUAUGGUGACAUUUUUUGUGUUGAAAAAAUUUAUCCGCACAGGAAAUAGCCUGUUCCAGGCGUUCAGAUAGUAGAGCGCGGCGGUAAGUCUCCCCUCGUUUUUUUUUUCUUCGUGAAAUUUUCUCCCGCGCUCUACUUUCUGAACGCCUGGAACAGCCUACACAGGAAACUAUCUACAACCUCGUCCCCAGACGAGGUUGAACUAUCUACUGUUAACAGGCAGUCACACCUGUCAUUACUCAGUGAAAAGAAUAAUGGCUUUACAACAAAUGAUUAACAACGAUUUAUAGAUUUUUUGCAAAAAAAAAAAGGGUGGGAAAACCUCACAUUGAUUAAAAGAUGGCUUACUCCCAUUUCAUAACCUUUUCAAACGAUUAUCAUCGAAGUGUGCCGAAAUGUGUCUCAGGGAUAAUAGUCAGGCACGAAAAGAAAAGGUGCUGGCUUAGACCGUUUUUAACAAAUCAGGAAAAACCUUUGAGGGAAGGAUGUUGGUCCGACGUCGUCCAACAUUGUUUGGUAGUAUUAGAUCCGUUUUGAGGGCCCAUUCCCCCCCCCCCCCCACAAAAAAAAAAAAAAACGAAAGAAAGAAAGAAAAAGAAAAAGAAGACCAAAGUUAGGUUCAUUUUAACCCAAAUUUCCAGUUGCAGUAAUACGGUACCUAUUUUCAUAUUUAUUUUUUGACGAAUGCUAUUCUGGCUUUCAAAAGGGGCGCAGGGGUCUUAUUUUAUCUUUGGUACUUGUUGCAAUUUACUUUAACGGAUAUCUCUUGUUUGUAAGGGCCCUGAUAUGGAGGCAGAAACCGUGAAGACUAAAGAAGCUCUCGAGAGUGGUGGCGAUAAAAGUGCACGUAAAAAGCCCGAAAUUCCCGAAUUACUGUUUGACCCUGCUGUGCCUCCAGAUGAGUUCAUGUCCCUUCUUGAGCAGUAUUUGAAGGAUUUAGAUCUGUUAACCGAUGCUAACACGGGGGAAAGUCACAUUACUUUGGAUUUGUGGGACUUUGCCGGACAAGAUCUUUACUAUGCUUCGCAUACAACGUUUCUAUCACAGCGUGCAGUAUACAUGCUGGUCUACAAUCUAAACAAAGGUUUAAAGGAGAUUGCCCAGCCCUGUGUCAGACAAGGUGAUCAAGACAUUAAACUCAAAAACCCCAAUCAAGAAACAAAUAUCGAAAAUUUGUUAUCGUGGCUAGUAUCAAUCUGUUCCUUGCGUUCAUCAGAAGAAAUGGAUGAGGAAAAAGCGAGAAACGAUCCAUACUAUCGCCCCCCUGUGUUUAUCGUGGGAACACAUGCUGACACACCAUGUGAAAACGUCGAUGAAAUGUUAUCUCAGAUUGAUAAAGAAAUUUCAAACCUGGAAAAGUCAUUAAAAAAUCACGUGAUUGAUUGCUUCUCAGUUGAUAAUGAAAGGGGAUCGUCUGAUGAGAGGUUUGUCGAGCUUAAGAAUCGCAUGGUUGAAGUGUUAAAUAAAGAGCCUUACAUGGGGGAAGUAAGACCCAUUCGGUGAGUUUGCACACUUUCCUAAAUUGAGGUGUUUUCAAGAUAAAAUGUAACCACUGUUUACGUUUCUCUAGGUGGAUCAUACCAUAAACGUAGAGAAUUUGCGAGUACUGUUUUACCUUGGCCGAAUCUAUCUUAUAAUGAUAAUCGGCUCCCCUUCUCUCGCGCUUCUCUCUUAGAUAAUGGGGGACGACUGGGAACGAGUCAGGUGCAAUGGUAUCCCUGGAACAGUCAUUCGUGAGAAAAUUAAAACUAUAUAUGUGAAGAACUGACCCCAUUUGAGCGUUAUAGGCUUAGUCAAAGAAAUACGUUUGCAUUAUAAUGGUAUAAGGGCUUUGACAGUUGCAUUGAUUACUAUAGGUGCCGGCAGUUCAGUCUUGCUGUUUUAAAUAUUUCUGUGAGUCCAAAUCUACUGUCAGUAAUGUACCUAAUAAAAGUCAUGUAAUUAUAAUCUAGGUGGCUUAACUUUGAGAAGGUCAUCAGUGCUUUGAAAGAGCGAAAUGUACACUAUUUGGAAGUUGAACAAAUUCAAGCCAUUGCCAGGGACAAGUGCUUUGUAACUGACGAAGACGAGUUCAACCUCAUGAUGAAUUUUUACCAUGACUUGGGAGUAAUUGUGAAGCACACCAACACAGUCGUUGUGAACGCCCAUUGGUUGAUUGACGUGUUCAGGAAGCUGAUUACCAUUCCAAACUUAAAAGGAAUGGUAAGUAAAUAUACUCAAUUAUAGUAACAAAUGAAAAGCAUGUUUUGUUCUCUUACCAAACUAAUCAUAACUAUAACAAAAUUCUCAAAUCUGAUUGGCUAUCAACUGCCCUGAUUUCAGCCUUAAUUGGACAGUUUGAUAGGACAGUACGCGUCAUGCCUAAGUAAUUGGACAGUACGCGCCAUCACGCGCGCGCUUAAAUGGCUUUUUUUUUUCAAUGCUAGCAAAAAAUAGCCUUAAUAGAUUUAAAAAAUAGCCUAUUAUAUCACAAAUUUAGUAGUUAUAAAAUGCUGCUUUCUCACUCACUCACUUGGAACUUAUUUCCGUCAUUUUUCAAUUAUUUCCCUCAUUGCUACCGUCAAGUCCCCCAAAUGACCCAAAUAACCCAUAUCCCCCCAAGUCCCCCAAAUGACUCAAAUAACCCAAAAUAACCCAAAUCUCCCAUAUCCCCCAUGUCCCCCAAAAGUGAUUCAGAAAAAUAAAAUUGAUUUUAAGAAAUUAAUAUAUUAAGAUUAUAAAGGAAAUGGCUGAAAAAUCGCUUAUAACUGAUAAAGAUUACAAGAGUUUAUCUUUGGCAGAAUUAAAAAAAAUAUACAACCAGAAAAAAAAAUUAAUAAGGGAAAAUUAUAAAGAAUUAGCUGAAAAAGAAAAAAUAAUUCGUGAUAUUAGAAAAGUAGAUAAACUCAAUGAAAAAAUAAAAAAAGGUGUUAAUAUCAAAAAAGAAUGGAAAAAUAAAAAUCAAAAGAAAUCAAAACCCAAAAAGAUAAAAUCGUUUGAUGAGUAUUUUCAAGAAUGCAUUAAAAACAAAAAAAUUCCAGGAGAUACUCCUCCUUAUUUUCGUAAGGCUCUUGAGAGAGCUAUUAAGGAGCAUAAUCAAGGACUUGAAAAAGAAAAAUCAGCUUUAGAAGAUUUUGCUAAAAAAUAUAUAAUAAAGGGAGAACCUGGUAUUACUCCUUUGCAUUUUUUUGAAAAUAAAAAAACUAUUAUUAAAAAUUUUCUUAGAAAUUAUCGAAAUAUUAAAGUAAAAUUUGUUUUGGUUUGCAUGAUGGAAAAAAUGGAAGGCGACCAAAAACUAAGAUUUGAAGUUCGGGAUAAAGCAUAUUUUCAUUCAGAUACUUAUAUUAAUCUCAAAUCAACCGAUAUAAAAGAUUUGCUUGGAAAAAUUAUCUGUAACAUCACAGAAAAGAUUAAUAUUUAUCAACAAAAUGGUAGUGGGUGGUAUUUUAAAGAAGUUAUUCAACUUGAAAUUCACACUGUUGAAUUUAAUCCUUUGAAAGGUUCUUCUUAUAUUCCUCUUCCAGAUUGGAUUAUGAGAAAAAAAGCAAUUGUUAGUAUUCGAAAUAAAGAUUCUAAAUGUUUUUUGUGGUCCAUACUUCGUUAUCUUCAUCCAAGAGAAAAUAAUGAAAGUCGUUUGAAAGAUUUAGAACAAUAUGAGCAUGAGAUUAAAAUUCCAAAGGGAUUUACUUUUCCGGUUAAAAUUAGAGACAUUACCAAAUUUGAAACUAUUAAUCCAGAUUUACCAGGUAUAAAUGUAUUUUCAGUUACUUCCGUCAAAAAGUUUUAUCCUCUCCGGAUGGCGUUACGUGAUCCUCAAAAAUCAAUAGAUUUAUUUCUUUAUGAAGAGAAUGGAAAAUAUCAUUAUUCUCUGAUUAAAAACUUUUCUCGUCUUUUUCGGUCACAAAUCACAAGUAGAACAAAUGAGCCAAUUCAUAUUUGUAAGAGAUGUUUUACUGGUUUUACAAAAGAUUCAUUAUUACAAAAACAUAUCUUUUACUGUUCGAAUAACGAGUCAGUUUAUGUGGAAAUGCCAGAAUCAGGAUCGAUUUUAAAUUUCAAAAAUCAUCGCAAACAACUUCCUAUUCCUUUUGUAGCUUAUGCGGAUUUUGAGUGCUUUACUAAACCAAUGAAUACUUGUUGUCCUAAUCCAGAAGAUUCUUAUAAUUAUAAUUACCAAAAACACGAGCCAUCAGGAUUUUGUAUUUUUAUUAAAGGAGUGGUUGAUAAAAGAAUAAAAACAAUCACAUAUACUAAAAAAGAAGAUGAUGAAGAUAUAGCAAAAAUAUUUGUAGAAAAACUCUCAGAAGCAACUAGAGGUAUUUAUAAUGAUUUUUAUCGCAGACGAAAACCUCUUAAACUUACCCAAGACGAACAAAAAUUAUUUGAUAAAGCGAAAUUUUGUCAUAUUUGUAAAAAAGAAUUAUUCAAAGAUAAAGUUAGAGAUCAUUGUCACUUUACGGGCCAGUAUAGAGGUGCUGCUCAUAACAGUUGUAAUCUUCAAUGUAGAAAACCUUUGAUUCUUCCAGUUAUAUUUCAUAAUCUUCAAGGGUAUGAUGCUCAUUUGUUUAUAAAACAACUUACAAGUUUACCAGGAGAUUUAAAAUGUAUUCCUUCAACAGAGGAAAAAUACAUAUCCUUUUCUAAAAAGAUUAAAGUAGAUGAGUACAGGUCUAUAAAAUUUGGUAAAAUGAUGCCCAUUUAUUUUGAAAUUCGUUUCAUAGAUUCGUUUAAGUUUCUUCAAACAUCUCUUGCUAAACUUGUUUCAAAUUUACAACCAGAUGAUUUUCAUAAUACCAAACGGGAGUUCAAAAAGAAUGUAGAUCUACUCACUCGGAAGGGAGUUUAUCCUUAUGAUUAUGUUUCAUCGCUUGAAAAAAUGUCCGAAACACAAUUACCUCCAAAAGAAGAAUUUUAUUCGAAACUAAAUGACGAAGACAUAUCCGAAGAUGAUUACCAACACGCAAUAAACGUGUGGAAUACUUUUAAUUGCAAAACAGUCAAAGAUUAUCACGAUCUUUACCUAAAAUCCGAUGUGUUACUAUUAGCCGAUGUGUUUGAGAAUUUCAGGAAAACUUGUCUAAAACAUUACAACCUUGAUACAGCUCAUUAUUACACAUCUCCAGGUUUAGCUUGGGAUGCUUGUCUCAAAGAAACAGGGCAGGAAUUACAGUUACUACAUGAUUAUGAUAUGCUUAUGAUGAUUGAAAAAGGUAUUCGCGGUGGAAUAACUCAUAUAUCAAAGAGAUAUGCAGAGGCUAAUAACAAAUAUAUGAAAAAUUACGACCCCCAAAAACCGUCUACAUUUAUUCAAUACCUCGAUGCUAAUAAUCUUUAUGGUUGGGCGAUGUCUCAACCACUUCCAACAAAUGGAUUCAAAUGGAUGACUAACCUAACAAAAGACAAACUCAUGGAAAUCCUAGAAAAAACAAAUCGAGGAAAAAAAGGCUACGUCUUUGAAGUUGAUUUGGAAUAUCCUAAAAAACUAUGGGAAACACAUAAUGACUAUCCUCUUGCACCUGAAAAGAUGAAUGUUAAUGGGGUUGAAAAACUAAUUAGCCAUUUUAAACCAAGAAAAAAUUACGUUGUCCAUUAUCGAAAUCUUAGACAAUAUCUUGAAAUGGGAAUGAGGAUAACUGCUGUUCAUAGGGGAAUAUCCUUUGAGCAAUCCCCCUGGAUGGAGCCCUAUAUAAGAAAGAACACAGAACUAAGAAAAACAGCAUCCAACAGUUUUGAGAAAGACUUUUUCAAACUUAUGAAUAACUCAGUUUUUGGAAAGACAAUAGAAAACAUUAGAAAAAGACAAAACAUAAAACUGGUUGAUAAUCGUAAAACAGCUCUCAAACUUUCAAAAAAGCCUAACUUUGAAAGAGUUACGAUUUUCGAUAAAAAUCUUAUUGCAGCCCAUAUGAAAAAAACAGAGGUCUAUUUUAACAAACCGGUAUACGUAGGCCAAGCAAUCUUAGACUUAUCCAAAACAUUAAUGUUUGAUUUUCACUACAAUUAUAUAAAAGAAAAAUACGAUACAAAAGCGGAGUUACUUUUUACAGAUACUGAUAGCCUCAUGUACCGGAUACAAACAGAAGAUUUCUAUAAAUAUAUAUCAAACGAUGUGGAAACCAAGUUUGAUACAUCAGAUUACCCUCAAUCCCAUCCAUCUGGAAUUCCAACAGGGUUAAACAAAAAAGUAAUUGGAAUGUUCAAGGAUGAAGUUGCAGGAAAGCAAAUCACACAUUUUAUAGGUCUUCGCCCAAAGCUUUAUAGCUUUAAAAUAGAAGAGGGUAAAAAUGUUAAAAAGUGUAAGGGAAUAAAAAAGUCUGUGGUUUCAAAAGGAAUUACAUUUGAGCAUUAUUUUGAUUGUUUAUUCACGGGGGAUAAACAAAUGCGAAGUAUGAAAAUAAUACAAAGUAGGUACCACGAUAUAUAUUCCAAAGAGGUUAAUAAAAUAGCUCUGAGUUGUGAAGAUGACAAAAGAUUGGUACAAAUCAACAAAGUUGAUACAAAAGCAAUAAGGCCGAAUUAAAAAUUAAAAAACUAAAAAAUAAAUGAGUUACUCAGAAGAUCAAAUAAAAAAAUAUUUGGAAAUAUUACACAACUACACCAAAAAUAUCUCAGAUGAAUCAAAAAUGCAAUCCUCCCCAGCAGGGGGGUUUUGGGGGGAGGCACUCCCCCCACCCGCAUGUUCAAAUUGUGAAAACAGUGAAAAUUUCGCGAUAUAUCAAGGUUACAAGAUUUGUGAAGAAUGUGGAUCAACAAAUGGGCACGUAUUAGGUUACUUUGAUUCAAAAGAUUACGACAGAUUAUAUUUCAGGAAGAAAAGCAUAUACCAACGAAAAUACUAUUACGAGAAAAAGAUAAAACAGAUUCCAAAUUUGACAGGAGAGGAAAAGGAUGGGUUAUACAGAAAGUUAAUGGGAAUAGAUGAGAAAGUUAUGAAAGAUGUAAAUAAAAAGUUUAGCCGUAAGAGAAUGAUCAACAUCUUUUAUAUCAUAAAUAGAAUUUUGGAGGAAAUGGGGUUAAAAAACAAAAUCCAACUUAAUAUUUCAUCUCAAACAAAAGAAUAUUACGACAGAUGGUGGGAAAGUUAUCUUGAAUUAAGAGUGGGGGGAUUGCAUCCCCCCAAAGCCCCCCUGCUUUAAAUUUUAUAAUAGUAGUAUUAUAAAAUUAAUCAACCCCCCCAUGGAAAACCCAAUACAAAAUUCCUGUUAAGUAUCCGAUAACUUCAUUUUCUUGAAAACCAGAGUCAAAAACAUAAACACAGCCUCUUCCAAGUUUGAAGUGGCUCCAAAAAGCUUUAAAACCCAAAUUGAAAAUUAAAUGGUUAGACAAAACCACAGAUUUAGUUCUAAUAGAAUGUCUGUAACCUGAUAGUUUAUAAAUAAUUUUAUUCAAAUCCAUCACUUGGUUGAAAUAUUUUGCAUAUAAAUACUCAUAAACAAGACAAGCUUUAAUAAAGUUGUCGUUAUAAAAUUGUGUUUUUGCAGCUGGAAAUCUGAAGUUAACGUAUGCCACAAUCUCCUUCAACAUUUUUAUAUUAUGCUUGGAUAAAAAAAAUAAAUUUUGUAACUUAAAGAAAUAGUUUCUAAAAAUAAAAAAAAUGGAAAAAUUUAUUUUGGAAAACGGCAAAAAAUUUUUUAUUCAUCCAGUCUAUAAAAAAUAUGCUGCGAAUGAAGACGGUGAAAUUAUGAAUAUCAAACUGAGAAAACCAAGAAAAGGCUAUUUUAACCAAAAUGGUUAUUUAAAUUUUACAAUAUAUUUGGAAAAAAACAAGUACAAAAAUUAUUCAUCUCAUAGAUUCGUUUACGAGUUAGUAUGAUUUGCUCGGGCAUUUAUAAAACAGCAACUUCAAAAAUAAACGGUCAAAAAUAUACUUUCAAAUAUCUGAAUUAGAUUUCAAUAUUUUUUUUGGUAUUGAAAUUAGCUUCUAAUUCAGCGACUUUAUUUCGUCUAGAUAGUAAAAAAUUUUUAUAAAUUCUUGACACUUUUUCUCAUCUUCUGCGCUAACUCCCUCCAUUUUGGAAAUCUUAUGGCAAAGGCUCAUCGCAUAAUCAAGACAAAUUUGGUCGUCGAUUGUAUACUUAACUUCCAUUUCCUUUACCAACUCUUUUCCAACAGAAGAUAAAGUAGUUUCAAAAUUUUUUAUAAAACUUUUUUUUAAAUUUCUCAACUCCUCCAUUUAUUACUUGCUUAGAUUAUUUAUGGGGGGACCUUGGCAAGCCCUUCGGGCACCCCCCCCAAAACCCCCCUUAUCCGUAGUUUUCCCAAUUAGUUGGAGGAAAGGCUGUUUUUUCCAUUUAUCUAGAGAGGGAGGGGUGUUGAGGGGUGCCCGAAGGGCUUGUCCGUAGGUUCCCCUUAUUAUAAACUUCUUGUUAUAAUUACUAACAAAUCUAUCCGAUAAAGGAGUUUGAUCAAUUAUCAUUUCAUCUAUCAGUUUCAUCCUAUCAACAAACUCUUGUUUAUCCCAUUCAUCUCCUCUAAGAGCUGAUCUCAGUUCUACCAAUACCUUUUCAUAAGUCGUAUAGGCGAUCUUUGACAUUUCAAUUUUUCUCUGGGCAUUUUCUUUCUUUCCAAUACCCGCAACAAUAAUGCCAGCACCAUUUAUAACUCCUAAGACAACAGGAUUAAGAGUUAUUCCUCCGGCAAUUGUUCCUAUAGUUACAAGGCUUAUCCCAGUUAUAGUUAAAACAUUAUCAAGAAAUUUAUAACUCUUAUAACAAUUUUUAAAACACCAAUAUUUUUUGUGAUAAUGCCUGUAAAAAUCUUUUAGAGUUUCAAUAUCUGAUUUUGACAGAGAUUUAUCAAUGUGAUUAAACUCAAAGAUAUCUUUCAUUUGAUCUUUCAUUUUAUUCUUUGCGUAUAUUAUGCGGCGUAGCAGCAGGGGGGUUUUGGGGGGACAAGGUCCCCCCACAAGGGAGGGGGGUCAUAAGGGGGAACCGUAGGUUCCCCCUAUAAAACAUAACUUCCAUUUAACUUUUCCUGUAGCAUAACUUUAUGAUAUUGCUCAGAACUAGUGUCGUAAAAGUUUGGAGAAAUCAUUAUUUUACUUAAAAUUCCAUCUUGAGUUGUAAACUCAAACUCUUGUUCGUUGGUGUAUCUAACGGCUUGUAUGCUUAAUAUUGCGCUGUAGUUACUUAUUUUAACUUUUGUAAUAUUUUGGCUAAAAUCUUCUGCUAACCAUAUAACAAUUUUUUUUCCAUUAAAAUCACUUGGCAAGGUUAAUUGUCUUCUUUGAUUAUUAACAACUAAAUUUACUGUGUUACCUGAAGUAGUAUAGUAUAAAUCUAAUAAAGUAGUAUUGCUAUUUGUAUCUUUUUUUUUUAAACUAAAAUUUCUAUUUCUCCAAUGAUAAAAUAUUAAACAUAAAGUAUAUUUUGUAAUAAAAUCAGGAGGAGAAAAACUAAUAUUAUAAUCGUUAAGAUUUAGACCUUCUUUUUUUAUAUCGUCUAUGGUUCUAAGAGGUAUUCCCAUAUCUCUUAAAGUAUUACCACUACUUGAAGAUAAAUAUCUGAAAACAAUACCUGAUGAGGUUCUACUCAAUUUGUAAUUAGAGGCGUUAGUAAAAUCAUAAACGUCUUCGAAAUAACUUCUGUAUAAAUCGUUUAUAGUGUGAGGUUUUAUUUCCUUUACCAUUCCAACUGUUGCUGCGCUAUUAUCAUUAUUUCUAUCAAGAUUAACAUUUAAUAUUUUUUUAUUAUUUGCAUUUAUAUCAACAUUGUAAACCACUUGUGUUGGUUUGAUAUCAAAUGCGGUGUGAUAAUCAUAAACUUUAUCUGGAUCUAUAUUGCUAAAUGUUCCCACAAUACCAUAAGUAAUUAUAUAAACACCUGAAAACUGUCUCGGAUAAGUAGACAAGUCAGUUCCAGUUUGUGGUAUAUCAACUAAAAAAUGAAGAAAGAACUUAUUACCAGUUGACAACUUCUGGAAAUUAACUAUUAUUCUAUGGUAAUACAUAAAUUGUUGUUGCCCAUUUGAUUGCGUGUACCUAUGAGAUAGUUUCCUUAUACUAACAUUUCCAAUUGAUAAUCCUGUUGAAGUUCCUUUGUCCACACUUAUUUGAGACUUAUGCCAUAGAGCGUAUUCAGUGUUGAGUAUUUCCAAGCACAGAGUGUAAUCGGUAUUCGCAGUUAACCUGUAAAAGUUGAUUCCCAUUUUGUACUUAUAUCCACCUUGGGUAUUUUUGUUUAUACCUAAAUAAAUAACUUUGUGGUUAUAAUCGUGAAAGUUUCCUUGGUUUGGUGCUAAAUCUCCUAUUUUUUUUAUAACAAAACUGGUUCCGCUAGUUAUUUCAUCAGUCCAUUGAGCCGCACUUGACAUGAGAUAAGCAAACUGGUCGUUGUAAUGACUUGGUUGUACUGCUGUAUGAUGAACCAGUUUGUCAGCGUAAUCUUUAUUUACCGCGUCAUUGUCUUGGGUUGGUUUACUAAGAUUUAUUAUUUUAUUAUUACCAAGAUUAAGGUUCCCAGUCAUAGCAACGGUACCAUCUUUUUCUAAGUAAUCGCUUAAAUCUGGAGCACCUGUGUUAUCAUCCACAUACUUUUUGGUUGCGGCGUCUGUGUUUGAUGUUGGAGUUGCGAGACCAACUAUUUUUUUGUUUCCAAGAUUUAGGUUAUUAGUCAUUGAUACACUUCCAUCUUUUUUUAUAAAAGAACUAGUAUCAGGUAUUGAGUCAUCCACAUACUUUUUGUUUGCGCCGUCAGUGUCUGAUGUUGGUGGUCUAAGGUUAACUAUUUUUUUAUUAUCCAUGUUUAAAUUAUUAGUCAUUGUAGAUGAACCAUCACGGGCAACAUACUUUAAAUCUGUAAAAGCUAAUGGUGUUGGUUGAUUACUUCCAUUUGGGGCUGGUAGGUUAAAUAUUCGAUUAUUAGCCAUAUUGAUAUUACCUUUCAUUGGGUAAGAUCCAUCUCUAUCAAGAAAUGUGUUGUCUACGUAAUCUUUUGUAGAAGGUUCUUUUCCAUCCAGUGGUGUGCUAAGAUUUGUAAUUCGGUAUUGAUCUCCCAUAUUAAUGUUAGAAUUGAUUGUUAGCCUUGAAGAUGUUACUGGUUUAUCAUCUACAUACUUUUUGGUUGCUGCAUCAUCAUUGGCUGUUGGUGUGCCAAGUUUGAUAAUUUUAUUAUUAUUCAUACUCAAAUUUCCAAUCAUUGUAUAUGAACCAUUUCUGUCGAGAAAUGUGCUGUCUGCGUAUUGUUUUGUGGCUGGCUCAUCUGCGUCAACCGGGUGUUUGAGGCGAAGAAUACGAUAUUGGCCCUUCAUAUCGAUGUUUGAAUCAACUGUUAAUCGUGAUGUCGAGGGUGAACCACUAGAAUUGUCAUCAACAUACUUCUUUGUAGCAGCAUCAGUAUUAGCACUGGGUGCACCAACAUUUGUGAGUCUUUUUUUAUUCAUAUCAUAAUUUCCAUCUGCGGUUAGACUAAAUCCAACUCCUGGAGCACCCUGAAUUCCUUUUGCAAAAGGAUGAUCAAAAUUUUGUUCGUUGAAUAUUCCCAUUUUAUCUAAUGUUUAUAUACUAAUGCGUCGUAGCCAAGGGAGGGGGUUUCGGGGGAACCGUAGGUUCACCCGGCAGGGGGGUUUUGGGGGGAUGCAAUCCCCCCAUCAGUGAAGUUUUUAGCAAUACGUUUUUUUGGUUUAUCGAUGUACAAAAAUGAAAAGGGUUUCUUUGUUGCUGCUUUAUACACCUCUUUGUCAACCCCUAAUUCUGAUGAUAUGCGAUUUGCUUCUCGCGAUGAUGGAAAUUCAUACAGGCAAUAGUGAGAACAAUUUAGACGAAUAUCCUUUGGAGUUUUAUAAAAUGAUUGACUGAGAUAGAUCACAGAACAAUUUUUAUGUCGUCCUUGAAUAAAAUAAUCAAUAAGACUCCUCUGGUUUUUAUCACAGACGUAAUCAUCGAAUAUCACAAGUUUUUGAUUGUCUUCGUAAUCCAUUUCUGUAACCGGGGUUAUUUCAUCGUUACUCACAUGAAGUAUUUCAUAUCCAAUUUUACUACUCAACUCCCUCAUUUUUUUGAUGAGUUUUUGAUACUUAUCCUGUUCAAGAUUACGUGCGUAAAGAUAAAUCUCAUCGUAAUGCAACAGUGGUUUUAUUAACAUAUGAUACAAAAGAUUAGUCUUACCACUUCCACUGUUUCCACAGAUUAACAUUCUAAACGUAUCCGCCGGCAUAAAAGGAAAUAACUGUUUAUAUUUUUUAUCAAUGUUAUCGGCGCUAUCAUAAUUUGGUAUUUCCAUUUAUUUAUUUAAUAGAUAAAAUGGGGGGACGCAGUCCCCCAAGGAAAGGGGGUUUUGGGGGGUGCCCGAAGGGCUUGUACGUAGUUUUCCCCCAUUAUCUAUUUAAUAGAUAAAAUGGAUAUAGAAGAAUUCAAAAAUUUUGCAAAAAAUAAAAUCGAAGCCGACGCUUUGGUACGGCAGGUUAGAGAUGUUAUAAAAACAACAAAAUGGCAAAAACAAGAUAUGCGGGAAGGUUUUAAAGAGACAUUUAAACCACUUAUUAAAUCUCAAGAGUCUAUUAAAAAGAGUAUCGACGACCAACAAAACUUAACUAUAGCACAGCUCAAAGCUAAUCAACUUGCUCUUACACAGGGGCUUAAUCAAAACAGGAUGGCUAUAACUGAGGGAUUUGAUAAACUUGACGAAGUAAAAAAAUGGGAUUUGGCUCAAUUACCUGGUUUUGAGGCGAUUGAAGAGCCAAAAGACGAAGAAGUUUUACCCUCUACAUCAGAGGGUAAAAUAGCAAAAUUUACGCCUGAAGACCUCGAUAGAAAUUUAAUGAACAAAGAAGCACAAGAUAUACUCAAACUUAAUGGAUACGACAAACUUCCUUCUGAGUAUUUUGAAGAGGAUGUUUCUACUAUUGAUAAAUUAAUCGAGGAUGUUAAUGAAGAUUUAGGAGAGACUAGUAAAGCAAUAAAAAAUACCGCUGUUUUUGAACGUGAUUCAAACGGUUAUUUUAUAGCUAAACCAGUAAAUAAAAAUCCACGUGAAAACACAAAAAAUUUUAUAAAAAAAUAUAACACAUUAAGCAUAUAUGCAUCAAAUUUAACUAAUCUUAUGUAUUACAAAACAAAAUCUGGCAUGGGGGGAGUGCCUCCCCCCAAAACCCCCCUGCUGGUUUACUAUAACAACCCACAUCAACUUCUAGACAGACUUGAACUACUCGGUGGUUCAAUUCUUGCUGGGAAUAAUGGUGUGAUAAAUGAGUUUUCUCAAAUAGCUCAUCUUCUAAACCAAAUGAAAGUGAUCUCAAAAAAACAGCUAAAUGAUUUAAUAAAAAGUUAUAUAACAAUUAGAUAAAAAUGGAAGAACGAGCUAUUCACAUUUCUUCGAUAAACAGAGAAAAAAGAGGAACAAGCAGACCUGGUGAUUUUACUAUCAAAUUUAACCCAUCUUUGAAACUUGACCCUGAAAAGAAACAUCAACUUGCUCUUGAUCGAUUGUCAAUGACUUACUCAUGGUACAACAUUAGAAGUGAUUAUGGAAACAAUAAAAUAAAAUAUACUCACGAUGGAACCACCUGGCAAACAAUUACUUUUACAGAUGGAAUGUAUUCCUACUCAGAUAUUAAUGAUUACAUUCAUCAGUACAUGGACCAAAAGUCUCAUCACACAACGGAUUCUAAAGGUACAAAGAAGUAUUCAAUCAAUCUAACUUUUAUACUAUCUACCUAUCGUGUGUUAGUAUCACUCGAUGGUGAAUAUCAACUUGAUCUGAGAGGAACAGAAUUUGGAGACCUAAUUGGUUUUGAAAAGAAACUCAUAACAAAAACAGAGUAUGGAUCAAAACUACCAAAUAUCACAAAUUCGAUUGAUGUGUUAAAUAUCAACACAACCACAAUAACAGAUAGCAUAGUAAAUGGAAUAAAUACAAAUACCAUUGCUGUGAUACCAACCGAUAAUCUUACAAGGUCUUAUCCAUUUACGUUUGAGCCUAAAAGACCAUUGUAUUGUACUGCCUCUUCAUUUCAAAUUGAUGAAAUGAGAAUUUAUGUCACAGACUCACUUGGAAGGCCUGUAAAUUUCAAUGGUAUAGAUUGGUUUAUGACUUUGAUACUUCAUAGUAUGUAAUAAGGGGGACUGCGUCCCCCUAACACCCCUUUCCCUUUGCAGCAGGGGGGUUUUGGGGGGAGGCACUCCCCCCACAGCAUUAGUAUAUAAACAUUAGAUAAAAUGAUGCGACAAUCAGAGUAUAAAAAGAGAUUUGACCCUGAAUUGGGUAGUUUUACAAAACAACAUAUUUAUGGCGAAGGAAUAACAGAUGUUUUUAAAUCGUUUGGAUCAAAAUUAUUUGGAAAGACAAUUAAAAAAGCUGCUAAAAAAGGCGUUGAAAAAGCAGUAACAGCAGCCGCAACAAAAACCGGUGAACAUGUUGGCAAAAAGGCCGGUGAUAAAAUAGUGCAAAUGUUAUCAAAGGGGGAAGCCCCCAAAACCCCCCUGCUGGGGGGAGUGCCUCCCCCCAAAACCCCCCUGCUAAACCCCCCUGCUAAAAAAAUAUCUCAAAAAGAGAUAGAUCAAAUGUUGAUUAACCUUCUUAGUGGGGGUUCAACACGUAAGAGAAAAUUAUAUAAUUAUUAAAAUAAAAUGAAGUCUUUUAGAAAUCCAAAAUAUUUAGAUAGAUAUGAGGAUGUUGUUUAUGACCUGGAACAGACUUUAGAUGCGGCUCCAGCAAAUAACGCUCACCAAACUAAAACAGGUCUUAGAUUUGUAGUUGAUAACACAGGAGAAUCCACUCCUUUUGACUGGUAUAACGCACGAUUAUCAAUGGAUUUUAAAGUAAAUAAGCUGGCAGAUGGAGGAAACAUUGCGCUUGCUGACCAUAAUGGAAUUGUAAAUGGUAGUAACUCCUUUAUAGAAAAAUUAAGUAUCAUAGCAAAUGGUCGAGAAGUUUAUAGUUGUAAUUAUGCGAAUCAUGUUGUAAAUAUUAAGAAUUUACUUAAGUAUAAUCCUUCAUAUGCCCAGAGUGUUGCUACAAACGAAUUUUAUUUUCUUGAUACUUCAAGAGCGGCAGAGGAAAGACCUGCUCAAGCAACUUAUAAUAAAGGUUUUCAUAGUAGGAAAUUACUAUUAGGCGCAUCAGCCACAGUAAACUGUGAAAUUCCUCUUAACAGAUAUUCUUUCUUUGAAGCAUUGGAAGAUAAACUACUUCCUAAUACAAAAAUUGAGUUAAAUAUCGAGAUUGAAAAAGAUGCGAAUUUAAUUUUUAAAGCUGCUGAUGAUUGUAGAGUUAUUAUAACAAGACUACAACUUUUUAUUCCAAAACUUACGUUUAAUUCAGAAGGACAAAAGUUGUACAUGGAAAAUUAUCUUAAACCUUACAAAUGGACAUAUUUGAAUGAAGUAGUUGAAAGGUCAAAUAAUACACAGCAACAGACAGGACAUUUUAGAAUUACAAAUGCUAUUUCAAAGCCAAGGCAUGUAUUUGUUUUUGGAAUUGAUACAGCAAGAAUUGAUUCACAAACAGCAAAUCCAUUUGUAUACGACACUUUUGAUCUGCCAAAUAAUGCUAAUAUAUCAAGAUGUUAUCUGGAAGUUGCAAAUGGAAACGAAUACCCAGAUAUUCACUUUAAACCUUCUACAGAUAUGUCAAGAGUUUUUAGAAAUGUAAUGUCAUACGUCUAUGCAAAUAAUGAUUAUCAAGGCGGAACAUUACUUAAUCGAGGUAAUUUCAAAACUUUAUUUCCUUUUGUGUAUUUUGAUUUGACUAAACAGAAAAUGGAUAUAAAGGAUGGAGUUACAAAAUUAGCAUUUCAUUACGAAUUAACUGCUAAUCCAAACGCUGACUACAAUAUUUACGCGCUAGUUUUACACGAAAGAAUAGCAGAAAUAUCACAACAAGAUGGAAAACUAUUGCUUAGAGCGUAGGGUGGGGGGACUGCGUCCCCCAAAACCCCCCUACGACCCCCUCCCUUGGCUACAAUGAGAUAGGCAUUUUUAUCAAACUUUCUAACACUUUGAUAGUGAACUAGAUAACUGCUAUCACUUUGAUAUACGUGGCGAAUAAAUUGUUGUGAAUGGGGGGAUUGCAGGGCCCUCCCCCCAAAACCCCCCUACUUCUAAAAAAAUACUAUGAUGUAAUGGGGGGAUUGCAGGGCCCUCCCCCCCAAAACCCCCCUGCUUCUAGAAGGUUCUAAUGACAAAGCAAUUAGAUUUUGAAGAUAAAAUCUAAUUAUAUCAAACGGGGAAACCCCCUCCCUUCGUAGCGCCGCGUGAGGUUACACGUGGGGGAAAACACCCCCCAUAACCCCCUUUCCUUGUCUACACCACGUAAAAUAAGAUUUUUAAUAUAAACAUUAAAAUAAAAUGACUUCUUAUAUUGAAUACGGAGUAAAACUUUCAGAUGGACAGAAGUCAAAACUAGCUUCUGCGAUAAUAAAUCAGUCACCUUUGACUCUUCGGUUAAAACAUUCGCAUCUUAGAGGAAAUGAUGAGUUAAUGUUGACAAAAAGACAGAUUGAUAAAAUAAAAAAAUCUAUUGCAAAUGGCACAGGAUCUGAUAUAAAGAUAAGUAAAACUCAAAUUAGAAAAUCUGUGAAACACGGAGGAAACUUAUUUUCAUCACUCGCAUCUCUUGGAGCAAAAGUUCUUCCUUUCGCAAUAAAAGGAAUUUCAAAAGCUGUUCCCGCAUUAGCAACUGGCGCUGCUACUGCACUUGGUGAAAUUGGGCUAAAUAAAAUAUUUGGAAAGGGGGGAAACAGCCCCCAUACCCCCCUUCCUUUACAAGGAAUCCCGAUUCCCCCAGAGUUUUUCCCAAUGCUACCAAAUAUUGUAAGAGAAUUUACCAAAUCACAAAUAAAUCAAAUUAACAAAGCUUAUCAAUCAGGUAGUGGAGUAGUUAUAAAACCAACUCGUAAACAGAUAGAAGGAGGAUUUUUAGGUACUCUUGCUUCUAUUGGCAUUCCAAUAGCAAUUAGUUUGGUAUCAAAGAUGCUUGGUGGGGGACUUCAGGUUGACAGACGUGGAUCAUCUAAUACAGCAAAUGUUUACGUGCCGCCCACACAUGGUACAGGUUAUCCAUAUCAAUCACCUCCUUUUAUUGGUACAUGGUCCAACCCUAUAGGAAUGGGAGUUAAAAAAAAAAAAGCCGGCAGGCCGUCCAAAGGUUCAGGACUACUUCUAGGAAAAAACAGCCCAUUCAACUCAAUUCCCAUACUAGGAACAAUUCUAUAGUGGGGGCCCUUAAUCAUUCUCAGCUCCAUUUUGUAAUUAAACCUCUAUCCAACUUUGACCUAAUGGAAUGGAUAAAAAGACUUGGUAUAAAAAAUUUUAGAGGAAUAUACAGUCGUGAUGGAUUACCAAAAAAGAUUAAAAAAGAAUGUGGAAUAAUCAAUCUCGAUGAUAUAACAGGACCUGGAACACACUGGGUUUGUUAUAGAAAUGGGGAUGGGGGAAAACUACUCAAGCCCUUCGGGCACCCCCCAAAACCCCCUUUCCUCUCAGCAUAUAAUGAAAACCCCCCCUGCUGGUGGGGAGAGUGGUUUUUAUGAGUAUUUCGAUCCGUUUGGUCUGAUAAUGCCAAACGAAGUAUUAGACUAUUUUCACACGGGAUCUGUAAAACCUAUUGUGUACUCAAUGGAUGAAAUACAAAAUCGCAGCACUGUUCUAUGUGGAUAUUGGUGUUUAUACUACUUAUUCGAGAGACAAAAAGGUAAAGGUAUUCUAGAUGUAAUACAUAACCCUCAUUUUGAUAAUGAUAACAGCGAUUUUAUACAGGAAUAUUUUGGCGGGUGAACCUACGGUUCCCCCGAAACCCCCUCCCUUGGCUACGCCGCGUAAUGUAAAAAUAAUAUUUAACAAAUAUUAUUUUUUUAUUCACUAUCAGCUGGUGUAUUCUUUAGCUGUUUAACUUUCUCAACUUUUGUAUUUAGAUCUUUAACACUAUCAACUAUAUCUAUGAAAUUAGAAUAAAUAUCAAUAAGACGAUAAAGUUUCUUCUUUUUAUCACUAUUUAGUCCCAACCAAGAAUAUUCCUCGUUUCUUAUUUUUUUCCACAUCUCACAUUCACCAACCAUCAGAACUCUAGAAAGAUCUUCGUUUUUCUUUCUAAGAGACUCCAGCUCAUUAUAUAUUUUUACCCUUACUUCUUUCUCGUAAUCCUUGAUUGUUUUAACAUCCAUAUUUUUUUCAAUCUCAGAAAAGAAUUUAGCUUCCAUUUAUUAUAUAAAUAUAUUUUUUAUCUAAACAUUAUAUUAAAUGAAAGAAACUUAUUGUAUUAAAGAUAAAAGAGUAACUCCUUGUACAGAGCCAAGUGGUUACCAACAAGAUAAAAGAGGUAGAACUCAAUUCUUCUGUCACUGUGCAGUUUGUGGAAUUAAAAAAGUUAGAUAUGUUAAAAUGGGGGGAGUGCCUCCCCCCAUAACCCCCCUGCAAACUGGAAGUGGAAAAAGAAAAACUAAAAAGAAGUCAAAAAACUAAUUAGCCCGUCUGAAGGGGCGGGCGUCUUUGAUACUGUUGUUGGCACAGCAGUUGAUGGAUUUGUACAUUACGGGCUUCCUUGGAUGGGUAAAAAAGCAGUUGAAAUGGGGCGAUAUGGAGCAAGUGAGUUAAUCAGAAACAAAAAUCUUCAGAAGAAAGCUGUAAAUUAUGGAAUUAAUAAACUCACCCCAUUUAUUCAAGAUUCUGUUGGAACAGCCAUGGAUGAACUAUCAACAAAAGUGAGGCCAAAUAAAAAGUAUAAAACUGACAGACCAGAAUUAGACCGAAGGAUUGGAAAAGGAAUUGAUGUUCACAAGCAGAUUGGUAAAUUACCAAAACCAAAAGGUGGAUGGACAUUGCCAGGGCAUAAAUAUACAGGCCCUUAUAAUGAUCUCGAAAACCAAGUAAGAUAUGAUCCGGAAACCGGCGAAAUAUUAGAAAUUUAUGAUCAACCAACUGGGCCAACCGAUGCUGUUGCCAUGCAGCAUGACGUAGAUUAUAGUGUUUGUGGGGAUGACCGAAAGUGCAAAAAUAAGGCAGACAGAAAGAUGGUAAAAUCCUUAGAUGCUAUUCCUUGGAAAGAAAGACAAUGGGGGCAUACUUUAGCUAGAACAAUAAUUAAUACCAAACAAAAACUUGGACUUGGUUUAAACGCGAGUCGGCGUUGAGUAGUGAUUGGUCUCAACAAUUAGCCGACGAACUGCACAAACCAAUCACAAGAAACUUUCAAAAAAGAUCAGUAAUCUCAAACGGUAUUGAUGAAAUCUGGGCUGCUGAUUUAGUUGAAAUGCAAAAGUUUAGUAAGUGGAACAAAGGUAUUAAAUAUCUCUUGAUGGUUAUUGAUGUGUUUAGCAAGUAUGGAUGGAUUAGGGGGCUGAAAGAUAAGAAAACUGAAACUGUUAGUAAAGCAUUCGGGGAUGUAUUCAAAAGUAAACGUAAACCUAAAAUGUUAUGGACUGAUAAAGGUUCCGAAUUUAUAAGCAAACAUUUCAAAGAUUUUCUGAAAAGAAAUGGUAUCAAGCUGUAUCACACUGAAAACGAGGAGAAAUCUAGUGUUGUUGAGAGAUGGAAUAAAACAAUGAAAAACAGAAUGUGGAAGAUGUUUACAGUUAAUAACAACACUAUUUACUGGGAUAAGAUAGAUAAACUAGUUGAUGAUUACAAUAACGCUCGACAUUCUAGUAUAAAAAUGUCUCCUGUUGAAGCUAGUAAAAAGAAAAAUGAAAAUAAAGUUUGGUCUAAUUUAUACGGUGAUUUAAUCUACUUGAAACCUGGUAAACCAAAGUUUGCGAUUGGUGAUAAAGUUAGAAUAUCAAAAUAUAAGAGGCGGGUAUUUGAUAAAGGUUACACACCAAACUGGACAGAAGAGAUAUUCGUUAUUGAUAAAGUUUUACCUACAAAACCUGUUACAUAUUCUAUUACUGAUUUGAUGGGAGAAGAGAUUAAAGGUUCUUUCUACGAGCAAGAAUUACAAAAAGCAAAACAGCAAACAUUUAGAAUAGAAAAAAUUAUUAAGAGAGAUAAUAAGAAAAAAAUGGCAUUAGUAAAAUGGAGUGGAUAUCCUGAUAAAUUUAACUCAUGAGUAAGUUCUAAGGAUUUGGUUGAUUUUUAAUACAAAUAAUGUAUUAAAAAUAAAAUCCUAUUUAUUCAUUUGGCUCUUCAUCAGAUAAAGUUAAAUCUUCAACUAAUUUCUCUAUAUCCUCUUCAUUAUCGCUUUGCUCUUCAUUGUCGCUUUGCUCUUCGCCGUCAUCUUCUUCAACCAUUAGUAAAGACUCUCUUGGUUUGAGUGGUUUAACAUAGCACUCGUGAACUUUUAUUUGUAAAGAUGUUACAGUUUUACUUAUAAAGAUUCCUUCUAUUAUCAAUGCCAAUUUCACAUUACAAUACUGGUUGAUGAGUUUAAAAGGAUUUAGAUCCUUUCCCCCCUUUCCUUUAAACAAAGAUAAAAUUUUCUUUGAUUUUUCUGAGUAAAUAAGUUUGGCAUAAAGAACUGGUGCAGAUGAGGGAUCUUUUCUAGUUUUCUUCUUUCCUUUUUUAUCAGUGUACUCUUCUUGUUUGUAGUAUAACGGUGGGGAAAGAGAUGAGGCUAAAUCUGGUCCAUAUUCAUUCUCUAAAUGUUCUAUAGACAAAGAUGUUAGACUAUUAAUAGCACCAUAAAACGCUUUUUCUUUUUCAUUUGGUUCGCUAUCUUUUGCCCAAAGACAUACUGGCAUACUAUAUCCUACUAACUUUUUUGUUUCUUGAUUUCUCUUUUCAUUUACUCCAAAGCUAAAAAGAAAUGGGGUUUCAAUUACAAGUGGUCCUUUUUUGUUAUUUUGGUAUUUGAUUUCAAUUGGUAUACGCUUGUAUUUAAUGUUACUAUCUUUUACUUUUGACUCUUUUGCUUCUUUAAAAAUAACGGUGUCUUUGGUUAAAUGAUCGUAAGCGGAUAACUGCAUUUUGAUAAUUAUAAUUUAUUUCUUAAACUACAAUUAAAAAAUCAAUUUUUUUUUGGCCAAAGAAGAUGGGUACUCCAGAAAUUUGGCGAUUCUGGUUUAGUAUAAGUUAACUCUCCUUGCUUAUUUUUUAUCUUUGUAGCUCUAGCUAAAUAUUUGUCUCUUCUCUCUUUAUCCUUGUGUAUUAAGUAGUCUGGAUACUUUGGUGAACCAAAAUGUACUUUCUUUCCGCUUGGAAGCGUGGCCAUAUAUUUAUUAUUUUUUCUGGGAGAAUACUCAAGACUUUCUGCACCAAGCUUACGAGCACGUUUCUGUAACUUUUUGAAUAAAUCACCUGUGACUAUAUGUUUGGGAUUUGGGUCAAAAUCCGGGUCAUCAGAUGUAUAACCAUCUUCAACGAUAAAUUCCUUAUCUGAUUCAGUAGGAGAUUCAUCAGGGGAGAAGGGAGGAAUAGAUUCCUUUUUUGAUUUUCGAGGCAUUAUUUAUUUAUACGUAUACUAAUCUUAUAACAAAAAUGUUAUAGGAUUUAGCUAAAGUAUUCUAUAUCCAACAAUGAAUAAAAAUUAUCGGCAAAAUCUAACUCAGUUUUAAAAUAAUCAGGGUCGGAUAAACAUAUUAACCUGGAGAUAUUUGGAAAUAGAAACUCUAAGUAUUCAGCUGCAUCAACAUGUGUUUCUUUGACUUUGGUUUUAUCAAAUCUACCAAAGAAUUCUUUCAUAACAAGAGAUCCAGCUUUUAUUGAAUCAACUAAUUGUUGAGCAUUAUCAUCAAUAUUCUUAAGAUCAUCAUAAGCAUUUCUACUUUCAAAUAUCAAACCGCUUUUUUCAUAAGGUUUACUAGUUUGGCUUGGUAAGUUAAUUGCUUGGCUUUUCGAUUUGACACCCAUUCUAUAAAAAUGUUGUUUUUGCUUUAACCCAAUUUAUUUAUUCUGCCUCACUUUUUAAAAAUAAUAAAACUUCAGGCAAAGCAUAUACCCCUACCUUUUUCAUCCUUAAGAUAAAUCUUAUUAAAAAAUCUACUACCAAUUUUGUUAUCAUUUCUGUCAAACAUUUCAUCAUCAACAAUAUAUAUUAAGUCUGCGGCAUUUGGAAACAAUUCAUACAAUUCUUGCCAACCACCCCAAAAAGUCUGUCUUACACUUAUAUUUAUGAUUGAAUAAAAAUAAGCAUCAGCUGAAAUUAGGCCAUCUUCUAUACAUUUAUCAACUAUUCUAAUAUUAUCGUCAAUAUGUUUAAAUAUUUCGUAUUCUUCUUUACUCUCAAAUAUUAAAUUCCCUACUUCAAAUGGAAUUUUAUCCUUUUUUCUUUGUUUUUUUCUGAAUACUGUUGUAGCUUGCAUUAUUGUUUUCAUAUUCUCUUUCACUUUAUUUGACAUGUUUUUGGUAAAUAACAAAUUUAUUAUAAGAUUUUAUUUCUUUAAAAAUCAAUUUUAUUUUUCUGAAUCACUUUUGGGGGACAUGGGAGAUUUGGGUUAUUUUGGGUUAUUUGAGUCAUUUGGGGGACUUGGGGGGAUAUGGGUUAUUUGGGUCAUUUGGGGGACUUGACGGUAGCAAUGAGGGAAAUAAUUGAAAAAUGACGGAAAUAAGUUCCAAGUGAGUGAGUGAGAAAGCAGCAUUUUAUAACUACUAAAUUUUGUUAAAGUUAUGAUUAAUUGGUAACAGAACUUCGUGUCGUCCAAUUCGGUCUGUAAUCAUACUCGUGAUUAAACAAAUCGGACUCCCGCUACGCGGUCGUCCGAUUUUGUUAAUCACUCGUAUGAUUACAGACCGAAUUGGACUCCACUCAGUCCAGUUACCAUUACUUAUCAGGUUCAGAUAACGGGGUUAGGUUGGGGUGGGGGAAUGGGGGUGAGAUGGAUCUACUCCGGUCGUUUAGAUGUUCAACACAAUAACGUCUAAUAAAACAUAUCUUCCGCUGGGGUAAACCUGUCUCAUUUGUUGUCGUAAAUCUUUUCAAUUAUUCCAUUAUUAUUGACACUUAAACCUGGUUUAUACGUCGGAUUAAUUCAGACGAAUUAAAUUCACGCCUUUUAAAGCAGUUAUUUCUUCGACGAUGCUGCGAAGUAUGAGAUUAAUUUAAAACGUCUGUAGAGUGUCUCAUUUUAGACAUUGUACAAACGACGCAUCGAGCUAAAUGCAAUGUUAAUGUGUAUUAAUUUGUUAUAGCGUAGGAAACUGAGAGGGUAGGCUGAGGUGGUGCCAGUUUCCUUCACUGCGCAUAGGCACAAGUUCAACGGGCUCCCAUUCCAGAAGGUCAUGGGUGCGUUUUACUGACCCCAAACAAUACUAAAACAAUUAAAAGGAUGACAUCUCAUUGUUUCCUGCGACCAAUUACGAGAGACCUUAAGAGCAGCUGCUACACUACUGAUUCCAGAGCCUGUUCUGGGGACGAGAAUGUCGAUUUAGCGCCAUUUUUAUUGUUAUUCUGCUGUUGUAAACAAGGCGUUUCCGUGGAGGAACAUUUUGUUUUCGAGCCUAUAUUGUAACGGCAGCUCUGUGACUAUUUUUUUUCUCGAGUCGGCUCGGAUCCUCCUGCUUAGUUCAGUGGUAUAAAAGCACCGACGUCAGCAAAAGGGGACCAUCCGAGCUGGUCGAGGCACUGAAACCUUGACUGAAACAUAAUAAAUCGACGUCGUUUUAUUAUGUAUUAGUGGGGGGGUGUCAGUUUCAAGCGACUCAAAACUCCACAAAAAUGCAGAAGGUGACCCUAAAUUAAAAAACGUAUGGUAAGUUAUCUUUGUUCAUCUUUCUUACCUGCCUUACAUUGACAUUUGGGAUUAAAAGGUGCAAACCUCUUUGUUUUAUGAAGCAUUCAUUGAGCAUUCUCCCGAUCACUUCAAUCAAGCCGAGAGCGCGCUAGCUUUACGAAAUAAAUUUUAAGUGUCGGUAAUUUAAACCAAGUCUAACUUAGGCCGCGGUUUAGCAAAUCUUUGUACCUCCAGAUAUCUUCCUUAGCGGGUAAUUUUAAGAAAAUAAGUGCUUUUCCAGCGUACGCCUUAUGCUUUCAUGAAACCUUUCACGGUAAAUGGUGUAAAGAUAAGCAUUAGGCAAACAGAAAAGGGCUUCGAACGCAGUUUUGUUAAACACUGGCUAAACUCUGUUUAAAUAACUGGCCCUAGAUGUUUGGGAUCACAUAUCGCGCGUGACACCACGAUGCCUCCAACAGUUCUGUUGGACCGCCUGUGUAAUCAGAUUAAAUUCGUCAACAAGACAGAUUAAAUGGGCCAUUUGCACGAUGGCGUCAUUUUACUACCGAGACCAGAAUUCUUUUCGUUUUUCCUGUGAUAUUUCAAUUUGGUAAUCCCGCGAGAUUAAAAUGACAAAAUCCGUGACAAGAAAGGAAAGCCCUUAAGGAUUCUGGUCGUAGUAGUAAAAUGAUGUCAUCGGGCAAAUGGCUAGACUACGAGUAGUCCCCCAUUUUUCCUCAGGGAUAGUAGAGCGAGUGAAACGCGAGCGUGCGUUAAAAUCACCCUACGCGAGAAAAGGCGACACGCGGCGGGAAGAGAGAAAAAUCGCGUGUCGCCUUUUCUCGCGUGGGGUGACUCACGCGCGCUCGCGUUUCGCUCGCUGUACUAUCCCUGAGGAAAAAUGGGGGACUACUCGUAGUCUAGCAAAUGGCCUAUUCGUCGUCUAAAUUAGACGGCACUUUACGUCGACUUAGCAAAGGAUCGAAUUUGAGUUAAAUGAACCAUUUUCCAGUAAUCGCAGACCUAUGUUAUGUGCAUGGUAUUCUGGGAUCGCCAGGGGGGGGCAAACAUGCAUUGCGGGUCGCUUCAAACAAUUGUAUGGCGAAAAGCAGUUUCACCGUCAAAAGCAAUGUCGUCCAUCCUCGGAGACCCAGGGACAGGUAAAGGGGGCGAGGGAAAGUCUAAACGGGCGGGAAAAUAUAUAGGGAACAAAGAAAAGUAAAGAACGGCGAGAAGAGCCCCUGGGGACAAUGUCUUAUCAGACCAGUUCCAAACGGUCGCCGCCGUUCUGGCUUCUGAUUGGUGCCAGAAAAACACAUACUCGUCAAGGCCAGUUUGGAAGUUGCCUCCAUCCCGGGAAACGGCUACAGAACAAAGAUUUCUCAAUGCAAUUUAUAAAUCUACCUGCUCGAAAGAAAAAAAAAAGAAAACAAGAAAACCUCUGAUUCAGAAGCGUUGAUUUGCACUGAGAGCUUAAGACCAGGCUCCAUUGUGGGAAAACGGAGCGAAUAACGAGGCAAGCGCGAAAUAGGCGAACCAAUGCGCGCCGAUUUUUUCGCGUACUCCACCCUAUCUUUGGGUUUUGUUUUUUCCCUUUUUUUUAAUUUAAGGAAUUUCGUUCUUUUACAAUUUUUUAGUAAAAUUAGUGAUGUUCAUUUUUUUGGUUAUCCGCAUCCGCCAUCAGCGGGUAUCCGGUCCGCGUUGUACAGAGACCGUGGGCAAGAAAUCGUGGUAACUCAAAAUAUAGCCUGUGGAACAUCCUUGCCUUUAUUCAAUAACCACCGUGUGUCUUCCAGCGAAAUGUAAUGUCAUUUCAUGUGAUAAUUUCCUCUUGAAAAAACGAGAAAGAGAAUUUAAGAAAGUGUUGUUCUUUUUUGUCCCGAAAAAAUGCUAGAUGUUUUUACUUGUAAUUACCUUUAAUAUUUGCUCAAGUAACAAGUAAACAGCUAUUAAAGAGCAGCUUACAUUAAAUCAUAACUAAGUAUGAGGAGUCCAAUUUCUAAAAGCUGUUUAGCUUCUGUUGGGCCUCCUCGCCACUCUAUCUAUUACAAAUUAAAAGUUAAGUCACUUAAUAUUACAUUUAAUUUUGGACUAUUUUUGUAACUUUUCCUGCCCUAUAAAUUUGCAAUCUUAGUAAGAUAUAUAUUUUUCCUUUUUCUUUCUGUAAUAUUCAUUUUCUGUGGCAAAUGUAAAAUAAAUAAAUGAAUAAAUAAAUAAAUAAGAUGUUUUGGAUCGAAAUCGUGAAUUUUAGUUGGGAGGUGGCAUUCACUCAGCUAAUCACCACCCCCUUCACCUGCAAAGCCCUUACAUUCCAUGAUUAAUGUCUUACAUAACAAUUAGAUAAUAUAUUUUGCUGUCAUUGUUUCAUUUAGGAUCCAGUUCCUAAAAACGAAUGGAAGAACUUGCAAAAUACUGGUAUCCUCAGCACGGUGUUGGUUGAUCAUGUAUUUCGCCCUCUGAACGUUUCGAGCGUUGUCAAGAAGGACAUUUUAAGCUUGAUGGAACAUUUUGGUUUGAUCUCAAAGUUUUCUACUUCAAGUGGUGAAAAGUACUAUGUUCCAGCACAAAUGAGAGUGGGGAUUGGGUCCCUCCCGAACGUUGUACCUUCAAGUUCUGAUCCCUGUCCGUUGUACAUCGACUUUGGCACUGGAUUUGUUCCCCAUGGAGUUUUCGCUCAAAUUGUUUGUCGCUCAAUCAGUUGGAUUUCAGGAAUGGAAAUUCACAAAAACACGUCUAAACGUCUUCGAAAAAAUCGUGGGAAAGAUGAUAUAAAAUUGUCCCAAAAUGGAGCUUUCUUCAUCAUUAGACGAGAUGUAACUGCCCACCGCUUAAAACUUGUCUGUAAGAAACGGUUUAUUAAGAUUGUUCUGAAGAAAGAAGGGGAAGCUCAGCAGUUUCCUGAUGAUAGUUCAAAUGAAAUGGCCACGCAAGUGCGAGAGUCCCUGGAAAACACUUUAGAGGUUUUGGCCGAUGAAUUCCGUUAUUUGCACGGCCUACAGUAUAGCCUUUGUGUUGCCUGUCCAUCGUGCGUGGUAGAAGGUCAAGAGUGUACAAAAUGUGGAAAAUUGUGCUGCAAACAAGAUACCUGUUUAGACCUCGUUGACGUCUAUCCAGGUGAUCAAAUGUUCUGUACAGUCACUCAAGAGGCAGUAAAAGUUAAUGGUAUUGAGCAAUGGUUUCCAAAGACAACAAAAGAGGUAAUGAGACAAUUAUUUUCAUUUCACAAUCAAAGAUACCUGACUGCUUCAACCUAGCUAAUCAGAUCUAAAACUAGCAAUAGUUCUCACUACAUCUGCCACGCCUUAGACAUGACGUUUAUUUUGAAGUAUGUCUUUUAACGUUCAAUACGUAAUCUCUUUAUUUCUAUGCUCUUAGGUUGUGACAUGUUAAAACUUCGCGAAAAACGUUGCAGUGAUUACGGUUAAGCACUGAACAUAGUGAUUUGGGUUAAGCAUUCACAAUAGUGAUUAGAGCUAAGCACUGACUCGAAAUGGUUAGCUUUCAUUUACUGUUAGGUUUGUCACUAUAAAUAUAUACUAGUUAUAGCUAUUGCUAAGUGCCAACGUGCAAAGAUUUUACCUAUACGCGCGCGCUGUUGAAUUUGUUAAGAAAUGUCAUGAAAUACAGUAAUUGAUAAAAAAUAGAUUGAACUUACUUCGACUGCAUUGAAAAUAGUGCAAACUUAAAGCAAAGGGCACACAUACACCAACCCACGGCCGGACCGAUACCUCACGCAUGUGCACAGCCAUAUCACGGGGGCAGUGACAGCCACAGACAAUCAAUCAAUCAAUCAAUCAAUCAUUUAUUUUAACACGUUACGUCAAAGAGCUAAAAAACUCGUUCAAAAUACGAACGUGUAUAAAUAAAAUCUAUGAUAAUUACGGCUCUGUUAUAAUAUUUUUAAUUUUAAAAACAACUCAACAAAUAUAUACAUAUAAAAAACUUGGUAAUAAAAACAUAAAAUAUAAAAAGCUAAAACUGACUAAAAAGCCACAUACUAAAAAACGUGACUAGGAAAACGAUAAUACUCGUUCUAAAAACAGUUAAAAUCUACCAUCGUGCACUAUAAGACACGUUCUAAAAAGCUGCGGUCGUGCAAUUUACUUCUGAAGUCAUUAGCAUCACUUGAAAGACGCACUUGAGAAGGCAAACUGUUCCAUAACUUAGUUAAUGAAUAAGUGAAAGAAUUCUUCUUAAAUUUAAGAUUAAAGUUAGGUAAUUCCAAAUUCAAGCCCUCGCCUCUUAGCCUAUACGGUGUAUGCCUGUAUUUAAAAAGGCUUCCAAUAUAAGUAGGUCCCGUACCAUUUAAGCAUUUAAAAAGAAGUAUGGUGUAUGUUUGCUCAUUGCUUUAAUUUGUCUUUUGAAAAGAGUGAACUAAACUGUACUGUUCUACUGCAAAAAGAAUUUGAAAUCCCGACUUUACGCAGCAGAUUUCUCGAGAUAUUGAGGUUCGUGUUUUUGUCCGAACUUGCGCACAAGUCAUUUUGAGUAAAAUUUAGUGGUCUUAUAAGCAAACUUAAAAUCCUCGAAAAAUCAUAUUAAAGUCUGCGAAUAUUCAACGUACAGACAUAUCUGGUUUCUUUGUAAAGCUAAAAAAAAUUAUGGUGCAUGCGCCAAUGAAGCCAUCAGAAUUAUUUUGCUUCAAAGACAUGCAAUGAAAAAACUUUCAGCGGGCCGGGCAAAUGCGACAAAUAUUGCGUAUGGGGAAAUGAUGCACCCGACGAUUGGUUGAAGACGGAUGAACACGGGAUUCACAAGCAUGCACACGGCUCGUGGAUUCUCUCAUGUGUUCGCUCGAAAACAAUGCAUUCUCUGUUCAGCAUUACGUCAUGGUUGCCUUACAUUACUCUAUCUUACAUCGAUUCGAGAUUUUUUCUGCUCCUGGAACAAUCGCGCACGGCUCUAUUAGGCUGCCGCCUCGCAGCCUCGCGUCUUCGCGCGAGGCUGCUCGUUAGCAAAAAUGAAAACAUAACUUGAAGUCGAAUCCACUGUGGUGUAGUGAUUUCGGUUUCAAGGAGCGCGGGUUCGAAUCCUGCUGAUGCCACUUUCAAUCUCUUUAUUUUCUCUAAAAAAACGAAGGGUUUUUGACUUAAAAAAAGAUUAGAAGAAUAGAAUUUUGAAGAGACUUAAAAAUUUCAUGUAAGUUUAGUUAAAAGAAGAUGGAAGAUGGAAUCUAAUGCUGCUGAAACAUUAACCGGGACCACCUUGCUCGCCUAGUUUCUUCGAAUUGAGAAGAUUUCUUAUAUUACCAAAACAACGCGGGGGAAGUUAAGGUGCCUCCUCAGGACCGGAACCCUGGUGGGGCAACAAAAUUCUCCAAUACGAUUGGCUAUCGACAUCCCUGACUCUAGCAUUACAAACGACUUGAAUGCGGUCUUUUUCGUUCCCUUCUGGUAAAAUCUAUAGGAAGAUCUUGUUCUUUUGUGAACAAAAAUUGAAACUAUCAAGUCAAGUCAAUUUGUAUUUAAACUCACACGAAUAAUUAUAAUUAAUACAUAUUAGUGCUUUAAAAUAUAAAAUCGAGAGAUUGUGAAGGGAAAGAGGAUUUCAAUUGUAGGUUCAUCGUGCAGAUUUUGGGACACCUAAAUAGUUCGUGGAACUAACCGAGUAGGUGACCCAAACAAGAAUAUGAGUAGAAGGAAUAUAGAUACAAAAUAGUUAUUUUAGAUAAAAAGUAUUACUUCAUUAAUUAAAUAGUAGUUAAGAUAAUAUAAUCGUAAAACAUUAGGAAUCAAUGAUAGUAUUAUAACCAUCAAUCACAGAAUUCUUGAUAUAUUGACGAAAACUGGAAAACGGCUUGAUUUUCUUAACAUCAAUAGAUAAAGAAUUCCAAAGUUUAGGACCAGUGUAACUGAACGAACGAAUGCCGUAUUGAGUGGUAUGGACAGAUUUAACAAACAGAUUAUCAAUCUGUGAUUGACGUGUAUUAUGUGAAUGAAUUGAAGAUACUGGGUUAAAAUAAUUUACAAAACAAGAAGGGCUUAGUUUAUGGUACCACUGAUAAAUAAAACAGAGAAUUUCAAAAUGAAUUAUAUCAGAGAUUUUUAGGAGUCUGUGAGGCUUCAGCAAUGGCUCAGAAUGAGAUCUAGGGUCGGAAAAAGUCAUUCUGACGACUCGUUUUUGCAAAGUAGUUACUGGUUUUAGGUAGGUUGGGUAUGUGAGACCCCAAACUUAAAUACCAUAAGUAAGAAAGGGGUACAUAAGGGAAAAGUAAAGCAUAAUAAGUAUAUCAACAUUAACAUAGUACCUUAAUUUGGAAAAUAUGCCUACAGUUUUCAAUAGUUUUAAGCAGAGUUCAUUAACAUGAUUUUUCCUAGUUUGAGUCAAAAGUGACACCUAAGUAGUUGACCGUGGAAACUUCUUGGAUGUUCACACCAUCAAUUUUUAGAUUUAAUGUCUUGUAUGGUGUUAAGUCUCUUAGAAUGAAAAAGAACAAAAUUAGUCUUCAAAAUACUUAGAGCUAGUCUAUUAGAUUUCAUCCACUCAGCCACUGCAUGGAGCUCUUGAUUUAGGAUUAGUUCAAGAUCAUUAAGAGUGUGUCCAUGAGAAGACCAGGCAGAACCAGGCAGGGGGUGAUAAUGCUCAAAUCACCGAUUUCGCUCAAACUCGGCACAAAUGUUAGGUAUCAGGAGUUAACUUAUGUGACAGAAUGUCAGGUCAAAAUAUUAAAUUCCCUGGGAGAUCCGGGCUCCCCCUGUAAAAAUCGCCAUUUUGCCCGUUUUAUGCAUUAUUAAUUAGCUAACUUUACGAUGCCAGUGCAACAAACAGAAAAGCCACCCUGAACUUAAAUGCACUGAGAGAUAAUCUGAGUUCAUAAGACUUUAAGCACGUUAAACUGUUUAAAGUCGCCGAUUCGAUUUCCUCCCUCUGAGCCCCCUUAGUUGGGUCAUCAUUUCCAAGUUUUGAGUAAGUCGUAAAAUUAGGGUAUUUUAUUCCCAAAUAUCUCUGAUGAGCAACAGCUUAUCUUUAUAACUUUUGCAUGAGUAUUUAAAGCCAUCACUUAAGUUGAGAAAAAGAUCAUAAAAAGUUUGGGCAAUUCACUUUCUUCCAUGUGUUGACAUAAACUGUUCAUGUGACUGAACGACUUUUGCAUAUUUCAUCAAAAUUCAGGCCCUCACAAUAUUCGUGUGUUUGCCUUUGAAUGAUGAGAAAUCGAACAAAAAAAACUCAUCAGACAAUGAUUUAACAUUAAUAAGGGUAGAAUCGUUGAAAUUGUUGUGCAAGAAACUCUAACGAUGAAUUUUGAUAGCUAUAUACGCGAUCUUUUCAAGUAAAAACAACAUACAAAGAUUUAAUUCACAGUUUUACUUACUUUAACAAUUUCGCCCUAAAAAACAAUAUAAACGGUCAAUAAAAUCCAUUUAUGUAUCUCUUAGAUGUCUCAACAGCUAGUUUGUGCACGCUUUGAUUUGUUCCCCAUGCCACCUUCGAUGUCCAGUUAAGCGUAGUUCAGCGUCGUGACUCGCUGUACGACCAAAAUUCCUUAGCCAUCAGUUUACGCACCAAAAUCCAAAUCAAGUUGUUUAAGGAGGAAACAAUACGAAAAGUAGAAAGCCGAUUUUUAACCCACUGAAAGGAUUAUGUCUGCCAUUGUUGUAGCUCAAUUCACAUGUUACAAACCCGGGUUACAAACGCCCGCCAUCUUUGACAUUAACUGGAGCCCGCAUUUUUAAGCAGCGGUUGCCACCAUACGGAAACAUCGUAUCGCGAGUCAGGAGCCAGGAGCCAGGAGCCAGGAGCCAGGAGCCAGGAGUGAGAGUCCAGUGAACAAAAUUCAGUCGAAAAUAUGACUUUCCGAUAUUCUUUGAGAUUAUUUUAUUGUUAUUGUAUGCUAAUAAAUAAUUUAGAAUUCCAAAUCUAUUGGCAACUUUAUUCAGACCAUGAUUAUAAAUGAUCCCGUGUCUUCUCAAACUCGAAGAUAGAAGUCGCUUUGUCUUCGUGUUUUGGAAAGAAAUAUUUUUUAGUUGCACGUGAAAUAUAGCAGCGAAGUGAAGCCGGAUCUUGGUGCAGACCAGUUCAAAGAGACAAAUAAAGCGUGAGAUACGUCCAGAUUGGCUUGCGACAAGAGUUCCAUUUUUUUUGUUUUUCAUAUUGGAGUUCCUUCUCCCCGGGGGAGUGGCACCAGAUUUGACUGUUUUUUUAUCUAGCACGGUCUUUUGGGGUCUUACAAAGCCUAACUGUGGCAGUAAUGUUCCCAAGUAGAAUUCAAAAUACACCACACUUUCACAUUGAUAUAGAUAUUUUUCUCAAACAACCGCUUCCAUAUGUUUAACACCCUUCCCAAAUUGUAAUACAGUGGAAGCUCUCGUAAGAGGACACCCUCGGGACGAGAAAAAGGUGUCCUUAACUGGAUCUGGCCGCUUACAAGAAUGAAUCUCAUACGGUAACUCUGAAACGGAUAUAUAAGAAUGAUUCAUAACAGUGACAAAGAGCGGUAUGACUGUGGACAUGAUAUGAAAAAAAAAAACAACAACAACAUUCAGAGGCGGAUAAGAUUUUCUUUCGAGUGUCUGCUUACGAGAGCUUUAAAUCAAAGCUAACAUCUAAUUCGCCGGUAAACCCUUUAAGUGUCCGCGGCCGCCUACGGGAAUGUAAAAAUCCAGAGUUUGUGUGGAAGUUGAAACGGGAUUUUGUGAUGGCGGUCGUAAGUAAGAGCUAUUUGCUAUAUACGAGUGUCCGUUAAGAGAACUUAAUCUACUGUAUGAAUCCGCAAAUGACAGCUUAAAUGAGAAGUGAAUAUAGUGUAUUCGUCUGUGUUCAAGAAACUGUUCUUUAACACCUUCCUUGAAUAGCUAAAGAAGUCUUGUCGACUUUUUUUGCAGUGUAUUAGUGCCUCCUUUUGGGUCUUUUGUAUUCCUCAGAAGUUUUUCCUCAACACUUUUAUAAACGGUUAUUAUUAUAUUUUUGUAGUCAAUAAUAUACCCAGAUACAGAUACCAACCUGUAUAGUUGUAAGACUACGAGGAUUAAAAUACAAGUAAGUAAGUCAGUAUACCCAGUGGCUAGUCAUUAAUUGUCUAAAAAUUGCACGGCACGGUCUGACUACAAAAAGGGCUAUUAUGGACCAUUGUUAUCAUGGUAAUUAAUGUCAACAUCGAAUAAACUCAAAAUUUCAAGUAACACGACUUUCACAACCUAUUUUCAACACACCAGUUAUAACAGGAUAUUGGCGCGUACAAACAAUAGAUAGCGUAUUCCGCAUUCCGGAGUCCGGUAGUCCGGCGUCGCAGAUUCCAUCGCUUAGGCAGAGUCCAAAGUCAAAGACGGUUGGUGUUCGAGCAGGUGGUUGUUUUGCGUAGGUAUAGACGGAUUGUCAGUGAUCUUUCUUGUCCUUUGAGAAUGAUUUUGUUCAGUCUGACUACAACUUAUUUCAAAGACUUCGAAUGUUCGGUGAAAAGCCGACACUGUUUCAAGAUGUUUCGAUUGCAUUACCUCGUCACGAAGUAACGCCACAGAGAACCAGACGAAACUGGAGCAGCAAAUCUGGACUAAAGCAUCUGAGAGACGUGAAUGUAACAUUUAUUCACUAUCUUUUAUCCUUGUUGGGUCUUGUUUCACCUAUAAGUUGGACCGAUCGAAGUUUUGAACUAAAUCUUUUGCUCCUUGUGUUUACUCAAGCGUUCCAUAAAAUAUCCAUCUAAACGUCCAUAAAAAAAAAAACAGAAAACAUGCCUCAGGUGACACUUUCUAACAAUUCCGCUAUUAGUAUCGAUAAUGAGGCAUCUGAUUUGUGACUUCUCGCCAACUUUGUGCUAUUUUUGUUUAAAAAAAACGAAUGUUACGUUUUUUCGUAUUUUGGUUAAAUGACAAAUAAGAGUCAAGUCAGAUGUACAUAAUACGUCAUUAUUGAUAAAGUAUGAGAUUGCCCAAAUAUUUUAUGAUUGAUUUGAUAACCUUAAAGAUGUCUUUCAAAGAAUAUGUGAGAAUUAAGUACAUAGGUUGUUGCUCAUGGGAGAUGUUAGCCACUAAAAUACCUUAAAUUUAGGGUUUCGUCAAAACAGUAAGAAGAUGUCUUCACUUUAGGCCAAAUAAUAGCAAGAGAUGGAAUUAGAGAGUAAAAAUAAAUUACUGAGCAUUAAGUCUGAUAAACAUAGAAGACGAUAAAGUUGAUUAGAUUUGAAGUUGUCUUUUCUUCUUGUUGAACAGCCAAACCAAAAGUUAGCUAUUUAAUUAUGCAAAAAUGAGUAGAUUUUGUCGUUUUUAGGGGGGUCCCUGUAAAUCCCAGGGAAUUCAAUAUUGCAAACUUACUUUUUGUCGAGGUUAAUAUCUCACCACACCCAUCAAUUGUGCCAAGUUUGAGCGAAAUCCGUGAUUUGAGCAUUAUCACCCCCUGCCUGGUUCUCUCUUGGACACACUCUCAAGGUUUUUACGUGAAAAAUAUAUAUUAGUGUCAUCAGCAAAUAAGUGAAAACUAAGCAGUUUGGAGGUGUUCGGUAAAUCGUUAAUAUAUAGCAAAAACAACAGAGGUCCAAGAAUGGAUCCCUGAGGUACUCCACAAGUGAUUGAGAGAGAAUCAGAGUUAUGGCCAUUUAUGCAUACAAAUUGUUCUCUAUUGGACAGAUACGAAUGAAACCAGUCAUAGGCUUUACCUCUCACUCCGUAAUGAUUCAGUUUUGAUAAAAGAAUGGAAUGAUUAACUGUAUCAAAUGCCUUUUUUAGAUCAAUAAAAAUGCCACAGCCAAACUCAUUGUUGUUGAGUUACGGAUUGAUUCAGUAAUUUUUAUCAGUGCAUGAUUUGUCGAGCACUUUUGUCUAAACCCAAAUUGAAGUGGAUAAAGAAUGUUACGAGAUUCAAGAUAGCCAUCUCAAAUUUUGUAUUAGUAAUGAUAAACUGGUAAGAGAGCUUGUGUUUAAUCACUGGUAUGGUUACCGACUGUUCACUUGCACUCCAUUCAGUCCUAUUACCAUAGUACACUCAAAAAUUUAAAUAAAUAAUAAACUAGUGAUAACCAAAGGUUAGGGAGUGCGGGCGACAACGAUCAGGCCCCGGUUGUUCAAAAGAUGGAUAGCGCUAUCUACCAGAUAAAUCACUAUCCAACGGAUAAGUAUUAGGAAAACCAAUUGUGCUAUCAAGUGGAUGGAGAUUUAUCCGAUGGAUAGCGUUAUCCACCUUUUGAACAACUAGGGCCAAAGGUCUAAAUGAUUUUGCUCCAACUCUGUCAUUUGCGUAAGUUUCACGCGACAAAUGAUCAAACCACGCGUGAUCAGAUUAUGAGUGAUAAAAUGUCCAAACGCGCGUGAUCACAUUGCGUUUUGUGCAUUCCAUUCAUUCCUAGUGGAAGUCCAAACGAAUGCUGGCUGCAUACAUGCGACGCAUGCGUAAUAACAACCUGGCGAUUAGGAUUGCGGGCUCCUCUUGUCGCCCGCAAUUAGUCAAUUGAUUAAUAAGUCGCAAGGAUUAAUAUAUGGGUAAGGAAUAAUAUGCCCCCCACACGUAAAGUAUCAGUCACUUCUCUGUACUAUUUGAUGGUCUCACUGAUGCCUUUGAAAGAUUUAUUUUUUCCAUAAAGGACACAUCAUCCCCAAAGUCCUUUCUCUCAGACAGGUUUGGUUUCAAAACUGGUUACAAAGAAGUGUGAGAACGGGCGCUAUUUCGGGUAAAAUUCGUUUUCGGGUUAGGUUGACAGGUUAAACCAGAAUUUCUUUGGCCUUUAUGAAUAGUUACACUAUUCACUUUAAAUCCACUUUCUGGGGGAGGGUACUUUACAAAGUUUUAUACAGAGAGGCUCCGCCUCAUGGUAUAACCCCCCCCCCCCCAUCCUUUUAUACUCCAUAUUUGACUUAUGUGACAUAUUAAUGAUCACAAAACAAUCUGUUGCGCAAUUCUGUGUUGUUUGCCAAAACUUGUAUAAUGCUUAUAAAGCACUAUCCUAGAGUACCUUUAGUAACAGUGAUUUUGAAAUUAAAGUAACGUCCUAAUUUGGUUAUUAUCUUGCAGGAAUGUCCUUUCACAUCAUCUGUUGGGGCGCAAAGUCUUCCAGGUAUUUCUGAUAAAACCUUAAAAAUGAAUUAGUUAUUAAUUAUUUCAACUAAAAUUUUAUUUGAUAAAACCUUAUUUAUUGCGUCGUCGAAGGAGACGCUCCCAAAGUGAGUCGUUGGGUGAUCUGCGAUUUCGUGGGGAGUCUGCGCAUAUUCUCAAGCGCGCGAAAUUGGUGAAAGAGAUUGUCCUUGCAAAAUAGCAUCGUUACAACACACUCUGGUGACCCAAACGUAUUGUGCGAGUUGGGAAUCUGGGUACUAGAAAUUGAAUAAUGGCGUUUGUAUUGAAUAACCCUAACAGAACUUUGCAAGGAAGUAGUGAUCUUUCAUUUAAAAAGUACAAAUAAAGUUUAAAAGAAAGUGUUAUAAUACCUCUCAAAGUCGUUUUUCCUCCGUUUUGGCCCUUUGAGUUCUGUAUUUGUUGUUAUACUUUUCACACUCUUACCAAGUGCAUACAAUAUCUGAAGGUUGGAAAGAAUUAAGGAAAGUCGGCGAAGUUAGUUAGAAUCGAACAAACAGCGACGAAAAAGGAUCGCAUUGUGAUUCCAACUUCCCAGUUUACGCGAUGAAUAGUUGGUCUAACUUUUUCCGACAUUUGAUUGCCGUGAAGUCACAGUCCCGAAGUGCUUUUUAGCGCUAAACUUUCACUAUCAUGCUCGAUAAUGGCGGUGCUGAGGCGACGUACCCAAAAGUGGCUACGCGCCAGUCCUCUCCGCCGAAAUCUCCUACCAUCCACCAGUAGCCACGGGUAAUUCGCGCACGCCACACGCCACGUACAUCCACCCGGUACCUACCUCGAAGCCAAUUUUUGAAGAAGAGGAGGAGGAGUUGCCAAGACCAAAAAAGCUUCUCAGGCAGAACUUCUAAGCAUAUUAUGGCGCCUCUUCCACAAAUCAGACUUAAGAACCUUUGCGCAAAUAACGGUAGAUUUGGGGGGACCUUUCCUCGCAAUUCAAGGAAGAGGAUCGCGCAGGCAAGAGCGGUACUUAUGUUUGUUUACGUACCUGGCCACGAAAGCGGUUCACCUUGAGAUGGCCUUUGGACUUUACACUGAUUCAUUCCUGAGAGUCUACUAUAGAAUGGAGAGGACUACCAAGAGAGAUGUUAUCUGACCAUGGUACGAAUUUUGUUGCGGCCGAGAGAGAAUUUCGAGAACUGGGCGAAGCACUGGAUCCGAAAAAAAAGAGCAAAAACAAAAAAACAGCCAACAGCAACCAAAGGAGUCAUAUGGCACUUCAAUCCUCCACUAGCGCCCCAUUUUGGAGAGGUACACGAGACUAUGAUUAAAGCUGCAAAGCGGGCUGUGAAUGCUAUUUUAGGCAAUGCAGAUGUGACAGAUAAAGAGUUAGGAACAGCAUUGACAGGAACACAAGCAUUGUUAAAAUUCGAGAACCCUCAUGUACCAAUCAGCGAAUCCUGAAGAUGAUGUACCAUUGACACCGAACCACUUUCUGAUUGGUGAAGUUGUUGGCCAAUUCGCCCCAGAAUCCGUUGACGAGACCAGCUAUAGUCUAAAGAAAAGAAGGGUGCCGCAACUAGUUAGACACUUUUGGCAUCGUUGGCCCAAAGAAUGGAUCCCACGUUUUAACAUGAAAAGGAAAUGGCUGAAAGAAGAACGAGACCUCCAAACGGGGCACGUUGUGUUAGUCAUAUCGCCCAACGGACCUCGUGAAAAUUGGCCUCUUGGGAGAAUCGUCGUGUUGUAUCAAGGGAAAGAUGGCCAUGUACUGGUGGCAAGAGUUCAAGUGGGGAAAAACCAGCUCACAAAACCCAUUUCCAAGUUCCGUCCGUUGGAUCUGCAGUAAAAAUCCCUUACGUAGAAAUAGAAUUGAAUUAAAGCAAGGAAAAGAUUUACGUGAUUUACAUUAUUCUUCGUAAUUUUGGUGGCCGUAUCAUGGGCAAUUUUGAAGUUAUAAAAGGGGGGACUCCGAGCCCCCUUUCCCCCUGUUGCAGGAAGAAAAAAAAUCCCGGUCAGACGGAUUAAUUAAUUAUUUGUUUCAGUGAAAAUUUAGUUUCUUUAAACUUUGUUUAUUUAUUUUUUAUUUAUUUAUCUACUUUGCGUGCAAUUCUUGCAAUUAAAGCCAUGCUGGGUACUAGAUAAUCGGGUAAUAUGUUGAUAACUUGAAAUUUUAAGCUAACUACCAACCUUUCCAAUUGCUUCUCCUCAAAACAGACGGCAGUUGCUUUCUUUUUGUAGAUAACAUUAAAGAGGUUCAGCCAACUUAUCAGGAGCUAGAGCUUCUAUCAGGGGAACUCGAAACGUGGAAACCCUUGGGGCGUCAACUUGGUUUUAAGGAAGCGGAACUGAUUGCUGUCCAUAAAAACAACGAAGAAUGGUCCGAAAAGAAGAUUAAAAUGUUGAUAAAGUGGAAGUGGCGGAAAGGCACAGAUGCAACUUACGGAGUUUUGUAUCGUGCCCUUUGCUAUUCAACCGUAGGGCGGACGGAUUUAGCGCAGACGUUUUGUUGCCAUCGGCUACAGGCGACAUGUAUUUCGACCAAGUAAAAGUUAAUUUUUGUACAAUAAAGUUAAAUUACUGACAUUGAGG